GGAGGGGCGGAGUUAGCGGAGUUUGAGAGGGGUCACAACAAAAUGUGUGUCCCCGACUGAAGCAACAUUAUUUCCGCCCUGGUCCCGGUCGUGAGUGUCUCUGUUCGGGGUUUUAAAUGGACUCUGACACGGGUGUGAACUGUGACUUGUGACUGUGACUGACAGCAGCUGUGUCUGCUCUCCGCCUGGAAGCUCCUCACCGUCUGAACCGAAGCAGAGGAUGGAUGGAAACUUCGCUCGGACUGCAGUCUUCUCACUACUUCUGCUAACUGUGGCACCACUUCCAUCCUCUACUACAGCUUUCCUGAAGCCUUACGACCUUCUCUACAACGAUGCGGUGCAGGCGUUUUACAACAGCGACUAUGAAAAGGUGGUGCUCUACAUGGAGGGAGCUCUCAGCAGCUACACUGAGGUCCGACACACCAGAGUCCGGUGCCGGUUGAGGUGCCAGGACCAGCAUCCGUUUAUGGAGAAAUUCACAGACCUGCGCUUCUUCGAUGUGGUCCUAAGGAGAGCAGCGUGUAUGAACACAUGCAUAGAGGAGAAACUUGGUCCGCAGUCUGUGCAGAAAGUCAGCGAGGAUGUAGUGCAGGACUUCCACAGGAGGAUCCCCUACAACUAUCUCCAACUUGCAUAUCAAAAGGUAAGGAAGAUGGGGGCUUCACUGGAGGAGAAGAAGGCUGGGAGUGCAUGGAAGCUCUGCUCAGUCACUCUGCUAAGCUCAAUAUUACCUGCUGCAGUCUUCAUCAGCAUCAAAGUGAUGAAGAGGCAUACAGAAAACUACUGUGACUAAAGGGGAGUCAGUGUUUUUUACUGAAGGUGAAGGAAACACCAGAACUUUAAGAGUCAUGUGACUUGGGCAUGUACACAUGAUGCCUUGGUCCUGUAGCCUACAACCUACACAAGUAGAUUUUUGUCAACUUGGGUUAAAGUGUGACAACAGGUAUUGCAAUAGUGCUGAGGUAAAGCUUAACUACUGUUGUGGAUGUUUGUGUGUGUGCCACAGAGGUUUUUCACUGAUCUUGUAUAACUUUUUAAACAAGGUAAACAAAACUUGACAUGGAACCUCUGCCCAGUCACUCUGCUAAGCUCAUUAGUACCUGCUGCAGUCUUCAUCAGCAUCAAAGUGAUGAAGAGGCAUACAGAAAGCUGCUGUGACUCUAGAGGAGUCAGUGUUUUUUACUGUAGGUGAAGAAAACACCAGAACUUUAAAGGUCAUGUGACGUGGGCAUGUAUAUAUGGUGCCUAUACAAGUAGAUUUUUGUCAACUUGGGUUAAAGUGUGACAACAGGUAUUGCAGCAAGUUAAAUCUUAACUAAUGUUGUGUAUGUUUUUGUGUGUCAUAAUUGAGAGGUUUUUCAAUUAUCUUGUUUAACUUUUUAAAAUAAGGUAAACAAAACUUGACUCGGAUGGCUGUUCAGCAAGAUGCUUACAGGUUGAGGAGACUAUUUAAUGAAUAUAAAAUACCCCAUACACGGGGUAAGUUGACCAUAGGAGACCACUUUUUGUUUGGCAUGCUAUAUUACCAAUACAGUUAUGUUUACACUCAUUCUGUUGGUUUGCAGGGAUACACAACAUCUUGAAAUAUAUGCAGAUACACUAGUUAGAGACAAAUCUAUGAUUGCCUUGAUGUAGUGAUCCGAAAUAUGAAAAAUGGCUCAUCUUACCCCACUCUCCCCUAUUUGCUUAGCUUUGCGGUGUUAUGUACACACGUUGUGGACACCAAUAUGUGUUUUUUACAGUCUAAUGCUGAUCUUGGUACGAUUGUUUGCAAAUGCCAGAUUGAUCACAUUGGCAUGUUUAAGCUCUUUAUUCUCUAAUAGAGACAGGUGAUGGCAGCAGUAUGCAACAGAGUGAUUACACUGUGUGGAUCAUAUUGCUGGUAUUAGAUUUACAUACAAGUUGAUCAAGGCUCAUCAAGUCCGCUCUAAAGAUGCCUGCGCACUUGCCUCAGUCCUUUGUUUACAACCAGUUUGUCUUUUAUGGUUCCUCAGUGAGCAGCUUUAUUUUAAAACAUGUUACAAAAAUGUCUGUGGGUUUUUCAUGCAGCCCUAACUUUUACUUUCUCUUCCCUCCUCUAUCCCACAUCCAUAAAGUUUGUUUACUCAACAUCUGCUUAAAAAUGCAGCCAGAUAAUAGAGUCAUUGUGCUUGCGCAGUAUUGCAACACUCCCAUACUGCCACUAUUUCUUAGAGUAUUUGCAGGAGACAUUAUUUACUUACUAUGUUAAAAUGAAUCUCAGCACAUUUCCCAUGAGGUCUAAUUUUUUUCUGGGAUAAAAUUGUUUGCUGGUCGUGGGAACAGUCCAAGAGAUAAAACAGGAGAGCUGGGAACAAAGUGCUUAUUGAGACUGCUCUAUUUGUUCCCAAGGAAUGAUAAAGUCUGAUGUUGUGUCUGUUGUAUAGCAGGAAAAUUGCCAUCAGUUUUUUCCCUGAACAAUAACCAUUUAGUGUAGAGUUUGACUCAUGUCGCCAUGUUGAAAGAGUUGUAAAUUUCUUUCUUAAUACCACCAGUAAAGGGAUUGUCAGCAUCUUUUGUGCAGGAUAACAAUGUCUUCUAGACUUAAGCUCCUAGAUGAAAAGGCUGUAACUCGAGCUUCACAAAAACUUCAUUCAACAUGCAGACACACAAUAAGAUGCGUGACUGCUAACAAUGAUACAGUGAUCAUUGCAGGGUCAACUCCAGGACAUUUCAGAGGGUGGAUACUCGCAGCUUCAGUGGCUGGACUUGUAGUUGUUAAACAUUCACAAAGUGAGAGUUUAGUCAAGCUAUGAAUGAAUCUGAUCGACAUGAUUACCUCUGUGUAAAUUUGAUGUAAGAUUUCGACCUGGUCGGAGCUCAGCAGGGAAGCGUAUACACCAUCUCCUCACAUGAACCUGAAACUCAGCUGACGUCCACCAUGACUGACCGCGGCUCGGCUCCAAAUACCUCGGUGAUGACACACACAGCCUCUGCUGCUCCGAAGUAGAGGGAAGUUAAUCUGCUCCGUCACUGUCUGGUUUCUCCAUUUUUCUCUGAAUCAGCAGAGAACGACUAAAAGCUAAUGUGAUCCUCUCAUAAAAGAGCAUGCUCCUGUCUAGACAUGAGUAAAGACACAGACUUACACGCAGAUCCUUUACCAGCUGUGAAAAUAACACUAAUAUUCGGUGAAAAGAUGUCUCGAACAUCUGUUUGGAGAAAAAAGUGGAACAGGACAGGGUGUCUUUUUUUUUUUCCCACAACAAACAGACACUUGUGAAUGUUUUAGAUUUUUAUUUCCCCCCUCCUCUGAGCUCCUGUGCGUCUGCUAGUGUGUUGACGUCUUAAUGAAGUGAGUACAUGGCAGCACAUCAAGGCUAAGAGCUGUGAUGUUGAUCCAGCCACAGGUAAGGAGAGGCGAGCUGGAGUGUUCCUAUUGGUCGAGCAGAUCAGAGCAGUCAGUGUGUGUGUAUAUGUGUGUGCGCAUUAGUGCCUGAAUCAUCUGUGUCUGUGUGUGUGUGACACCUCAUAUGUGUGUUAGUAUGGGGGUACUUGGUGGUGUUUGUGAAAAUAAAUAACAUUCCUGCAGUAUUUAACAUUCCAGCGUCACACACCCUCCUCCUGACAGCCUCUGUGGUAUAAAGCUGCCUUUGGGCUCCACAGUCACUAACUGUUCUCCUCUCUCAGGCUGCUGCGUAUGUCCCCGGCUUGCCCAUUGCACAGUCUGGCAAAUAUUUUAUUUUCCUGUUGUGGUCUGUUUGCGUGGCUAAAAAAAGAGUGAAACAUCACCUUUUUUUAGGCGUUGAAUGGAGACAUUUGUAGCUGCUGUCGGGACGGACUCUGGUAGCCUCUAGUGAUCUCUGACCCCAGGCCACCACAGUUCUCAUUACACUAGAGGACCUGAACUGCCCUCAGGGGCGAGGAGAGAUAGCAUCCUGAACCAUAGUAACUUUAAUUUUAUUAGUCUCACUGCAGCCAAGGAAGAGAUUGUGAAAGAUGUUCCCAUUGUUCUCUGAUUUAUUUUCCAUUUUAGUAAAUUAAAGAUUGAACUGAUCCAUGUUUAUUUUAUUUUACGAGAGAUUAUGACAAAUUAGAUUAAAAUCCUCAUAAGAAUUGCUCAUAUGAGAAUAAUUUAUGAAAUGCAAAAGCACAACCCAGUUUAGUUUUAUCAGGUUUGUUUCACUUUAAAGCUCCAGUGAGGAAUGGUCAGUUUGUGUUGCCUCUGGUGCCCUCCUGUGGACAAAGCAGUCUCUGGCAGGUUUGUCUUGUAAGUGUGUGAUGAGAUUUUUGAAACGAAUAAUCCAUCCUUAACUCACGGGAGCUUUAAGUAAAAAGACUUAUUGACAAAACUUUUUCUGUCCUUUUUACAGAAACACUUCAUACUGUUAAGUUUUGUUUUCACAGCACGUCCUUCCAGUCAUUGAGCUGCUCUGGUGUGUGAGGCAUUCAAUUUUUAGUGUUCAGUGAAGUCUGACUUCUGCUUAUCCUUCUGAAAUGAUCUUCAGCACUGUUGUCUUGGACAAUAUUUGAUUGUAAAUUUAACAGUUUUCCAUUUUAUGAUUCAAGAGGCCUCCAGUGGAGUCUGAAAACUUUUGAAUUUAGUCAACUAAGAGCCUGCAGAGUUGUAAGCUAGUGGCUUGCACUAUGACUCGCCAUAUUGUAGUUUGGCAAAUUGGGGUUCUAUUUUUCGCUGUAGAAUCCUAAUUCCUAACAUUUAACUCUUUUGCAAUUUGUGCUUGGUUGCAGUUUUAGUGGAAAUCUUCCAAUAACUGUAAAGAAAAGUUACACCUUUACAAGUUACAAGUUAUUUCAGUGCUUGACUUGUCUGAAUAUAAGGCAAGCGCUAAAAUAACUUUCGUAGAUGUAGCCAUCUUGUUCCAUGUGAUUAUGAGCCUUGACAUCACAUUAUGCUUAUAUGUUCUUACAGAAAAAUGCUCCUUAAAAAUGAGGACCCUUUGUUUCUUCUUCAGGUAUGUUGAUGAUUGUUGAUGUUGACGUGAAUCAUUCAAAUAAUUUCACACUUUUUCUGUUGAUUGAGCAAAAACACAAAGGCUUCCUUUUGGAUAUUGAACACAGAAUAAACAUUGUGUUGCUGCCAAGGGUGGCAAACAAAUCGGUCAAAGGAAGAGUUAGACCUGAACCAAUUUAUGUUCAGUAGUCUGACAAUGAUGGCUGAUUUGUAAUUGUAGACCAGCAAACACUGUUUUAUUCUUUUUAACAAACGCACCAAAACAGCUUCUACUUUUGGAACAACUGUCCUAAAUUUGAUCAAAUAUUCAGGAGUCUGUCAAAUUGUGGUUGCAUUUUCGCUUACCUCACAGUGCAUUACGUUUCAUAAAAUUAGAUCCUGAUGGGAAAAGUUAAACUGCUUGAUUCAUGAAACUGGGAUCGUCAGUAAUCAGGGGGGGCUGAUUAUUCUGUAAUGAUCCUGCUGAUGUGCUCACCCUGAUCUUCUGAGACAAGACUUUCUCUCAGGGUCUUCGAUCUAAACGUAGGGCCGGAAAAUUGAAGAAGUUUGGCAUCAGACGCUAAAUGUAACCUGACCAAGUUUCUUCCAAUUUCUCUGAUAAAACAGAAAAAGGCUCAGCCUUCCCGUUAGUUAGUCAAGUUAAUCCAUUUGGGGAAUUGAGAUUCGCAACUCAACAGCCAUCCCAUCAUUAUUUUCUUAUGAGAACUUGUCUGUGUCCUUCAGCACGAUAUUAAGAGGUGACAGCAGGUCAGAACAGUCUCUGAAGCCUCUCAGGAAUUUUCUCCCUCCAUUCUUGAGUCCUCUGUGAACGUGAUGGUUUGAUUACAACACAGCAUGCAACUAGUUGCUCAACUAAAGUCCCUUUUGCCGUAGACGACCACGUGGUUUGAUGAAAUCUGCUGACUCAGUGGUGAUUAGAGGUCAUUUGUGGAUCUGUGCAAAGGGCUGGUAAUGAUUGUAGCGCUUGAAUUCGGCUUCAAUAUGUAGGAAAUACAUCUGUUCAUCUGUUUCCAGCUCGAACCUCUGGAUUGUUGGAUGAAGUAAACGUGAGUAGAAAUGAGGAUUUGUGGGGAUCAGCGAUGAUGUCAUGUGCGUCUGGAGGUGAGUAAGUGAGUGAAGGUUUUAGACGGAGACACUGAGGUCUGUCUUAGGUUGAGUGAAAGUGAGCAGUAAAGCUGCCAUUUGCUCAGAGGCAGACAAGUUGUUUGCUGCCAAGUCCAGAUUUGUGUGUUGGAUAUAUUCACGGGGUCGUUUCGUGGUUAUUCCUGAAGUGAUCAGGCUUGGAGGGUGACCAGAAGUCUUGAGAAUCAUAGGAAUUUGUUCUCCAAAAUUACCCACAAUCUGGGUCAUAAAGUCAAGAAAGUCAGACACUUGGGACUUGCAGCAGGGAGUCACAACAUUUCUGGAGAUUUUGAUAAUUACUUUCAUUUAUUGGUUGCUCUUAUUUGAAUUUGUCAUAAUCUCUAUAUCUUAAUUUUGUUUUAUGCUGUAUUUGAGAGGCAUGAGUUGAUCCUUGUUGUUUGACAGAGCUUAACAGAAGAAAUAACCCUGACGCUUGAGAAGUAGAGCAGAAAUAGGCCGGACAGUUUAUUUCCUUCCUUCUGUUUCUAACAUGAAACUUAACUGAGUUAACACUUUCUCCUUUUCUUCUCCUCUUCUGCCGUCUGUUCAGACUGUGUUAUUAAGACUGUGCUCUUUAAGAUAAGGCUGUUUCAUGUCCUUGAUUUGUAAGUUUAGAGACCUGCACAGACUUAAACUCACAAAUAAGGCAAAAGGAAUUUAGUAAAGAGAUAUGGUACCUGUCAGUUCUGCUCUUCGCCCGGGCAGCUCGACAUUGUGGCACGACUUGUGCCAAAAAACUUCUGCAUGAAUGGAUUUGAGAGGAUAACCAACCACAGGAAUGUCAGGGGCACGCUGUGGCGUAACACGCCGAUAUUGUUCUUACCCUGAUUAAUGAUUUAACCCUCUGCAGAGUAAGAAGAGGCUGGAGGCUGCUGGUGGUUGAUCACAGAAAACACAGCUAUCUUUUUGGGGUCGACAUGGCGGCAGGUGGGAGCUGGACUCUGGGGUCGACUGACAAGUGCUGAGACAAAACAGAACAGAAGACUGGAGCAUUUCUGAUUGAGCUGCCAAACUGUCGUCUGCUAAUUAAUUGAGAUUUAUCUCAGUGACUGUCUUCUGACUGGAGCUUAUUCCCAAUUCAUGGAAGUGCACAAUAUCUCCUGUCACAAAUGGGAGGAUCUGGAUCGAAUGUUUCAGUCUUGGCUAAAGCAGCAGUGUUAAGAUAUAAGUGUGUGUGUAGAAUUCAGGGCUGGCAGCCUGGACAGUUGUUGUUUCUCUGGAUUCAUUGUGUGAGUGUCCAUAAAUUCUAGGGAUGUGGUGAUUAUCAGUCUGGCCAAAGACUCCAGGGUGUCUGAGAGUAGAAAUCAGCGCUGGGAUGGAAAAACCAGCGAUUGCCAAGCAUCUGUUCAGCUUCACUAGUACCGACUUGAACUCUGUGUUGGCUGCUGAGGGGGUGUACGCACAAAAACCAGUUAUUUGUGUCUUAUUAUCUUUCACACAGAAGACAGGCGAAACAGGUCAGUAUUUGUUUUUCAUUAAAAAAGAAAAACAAACACGUUCCAGUCAAGUGUGGUUCUUAUUCAGCGCACACAAACUGAGGAGAGACGUGUUUGCAUUAGUUGGUCGCUUGCUGACUUUCCCAGAAAUCGACUUAAGAAAGUUUAAAGGAUUUACAGACAGAACAUCCAUUGAAAAAAGUUGUUUCAGACUAGUUGUUGUUGACUUAUUCAUACACCCAUGGGUGUGUCGAUUUACUGUAAACCUCCAGUUAAAACAGCAGAGGUGUAAAGGACCAGUGUACACUGUUAAUUUUGUCUUCGCCCAAAUGUUUGUUCACAUGAAGCCAGCAGUCAGUUCAGGCUCUAUUCUGAAUGUCCCAGUGUCCUGACCAAUCACAUAUUUGGCUCUGACAGAACAGCUGGUACCAAAGUCAUCAAAUCUUUUCUAUUCACACAAAAAAAUAAAAUGUUCUUCAUGUUUUCUAAAGUAUCCUGUAACCACUCUGCUGCUUGUUCUGCAAAACCUUGAGCUGUAAAUUGUUCUGAGGUCUCAGGUUGCUUCUGUCCUCAGCAGAUAAUUUCUCACCGUGGAGAGCUGUGGGCUUCAGGGUGGGAACCACACAGAGAGUGAGGGCUAUAGGAAGGAAAAUGUGUUACACAAAUAAGGAAAGUGAAGCUCUGAUGGAGCAUUUUUAGUGUUAUAGCAUUGACAGAUUUCUCAGUAAGAAUUGCUGUUUUUAUUUUACGUGUUAAUAUCACUCUUUCUUAAAACAGCUCUUACACAUUCACACUACAUAGCUGCAGCAGGGUUACAUGUCUCCUUCACUCUUGUUACACCGGCUCUUGUUAUUUCAAGGCUCCAUACCGGUCAUGUUAAAGUUUCUGGACCAGUGCAGUCACCAAGACGAGAGUCACCUCUGCUCUUGUCUGAGCUGAUAGCAGGUUACACCAGAACAAUCUGUGCUGAGUCUAAGUCAAGUCUCCAUUCCUUUAGUAUCUGAUGAACUGAAAAACAUCUUCAACUCACUUGCUUUUCAUCAAACUUUUAACAAACCAAUCAACUUGGACUGGUUCUCUGGAAUAGCAGCUGGGAAACAGUCAUUGAAAGUCCUGGGAAUACGUUUUGCUAAACUGCAGGUGAAGACGUGUCAGUCCUAUUUCAAAGAUGAACAAAUCAUUAUAGUCUUAUAUAAAGACAACAAAGCAAAACAACAAAACAGUAACAAAUCAAAUGCAGUCAAUGAGUGCAAGUUGAAGUUAUUAAGUUGAGAUAUAACUCCUGAAAUCAAGAACAGAGUCUGACAAAGUCUUCCAACUUUGGACCAAACAAGCUUUUUGAAGACACCACCCUGUGUCCAGAAACUGUGAAUGUUUUGAUCGAGGGAAGGUGAGCUUUUUUGCUGUUAACUCGUGCUUUCACCAUAAAAUAACUGACUUAAAAAGUUACAUCAAACAUUAAACGCCUUAUCCACCAGUUGUCUUCAGGAUUGAAAACCAUCCAUAUUUCGGUGCAGCUUGUUUGCCUUUUUGACCCCACAGCUGUUUCCUGUAAAAUUCCAUUAGAAGUGUUGAUUGUUUAUCCGGGCUGCCUUUGCUGUCGUCAGCCUGCAGGGAGAAGGUCCCCCGUGUCUCUGUUGUAAAUGUGCGCUUGUGUGGCACUGUUUAUGUGAGAGAGACAUGGGCGGAUAUCAGAGUAUGCUUUGAAUCAAAAGUGCUAAAUCAAUAGCAGACCUGAGAUGUGUUUCGGUCUUGUCCUGUGUGUCUUGUGUUGUAAACUUUACAGUGAAGAUGUCUUUAUCUCACCCCAAGAGAGAGAGAGAACAUGAGAGUGCUCUAAAAACACUCUAUUCAGCACAUCACCUAGUUAAGUUUGACAGCUGGCACCAAAAAGGGUCUAUAUCUAAUUUGCACACCUCCUCCUUCCUCCACCCUCGAGCCAAAAAAUAAUUCAUCUUAGCGGCGGUGCAUAACGCCAGGAUUUCCAACUAUCAUUUCCUGCUGUUCUCUGACCUGCUUAUCUUUGUUGUCAGAUCUCUGCCUCCGCUCUGUCAGAGAGGCUAUUCCCUGCAGGGUAACAGGUAGUAUUACACCUAUUUAGAUGAUGGGAGAAAGUGGCUUUCAUGAUCUCAUGUUGACCUGAACCCCGGCCGACACUGACCCUGCAGCGUCUCCACAUCUGGUUCAGAUCUCAGUGAAUUGCAGCUAAUAACAGUGCUAAACAGCGUCAGGCACAAUGAGCCACAGGCCGGGCUUUCUGCUGUAUCAAAGUUCUGUGACAACGGUGGGAGAAAGUGAUGAAAUGUGAACUAACAUACUUUUUUUUAGCUGCCCUGAAGUCAUCUUUGGAUGAUUUAAGGUUCCUCUCUGUGGCUCUGGUAAAGAGAUAAUGAGAUCAUGGUUAUCUGUAAAUUUGUCGGAUGAGCGGUUUGUAACAGUUACUUCAUAGGGCAGCUUUAUAGUCAUCAUGUGUCUAUUUAAUUGUUCACGCUGUUAUCCAAGCUGCUCCAAAUGAGCUGAGACAAUAAUUUUAAGGAAAAUAACUCACCCGUUUCUAAAAUAAAUCCUCAAUAAAAGUAGUUUUGGACACCCACCAUGUAAAUGGUCAUAUCCUGUUAUAGUGAUUGAACAGAGAGUGAGUGUAUUGCUCGUUGUCCUGAGCCAAAUAGCCUUAAAUAACCUUUGCUGAUCACGUAGUAGGAUUUUACUGAGCAGCAGGAGUGUAUCAUCUGCUAAAUGUUAACACAGGGUCAGUUUGGUAUCAUCUCGCACCGGCUGCUUUUAAGAUAAACUGAGCUGAUUAACAGUUUCAAAAAUUUGGACUGAAGGAGAUACUCAGGGUCAAAAGACUGUAACAGCACUAAAGAAUGAAGGAUUUCAAAACAAAUUAAUCAUCGGAAGGAGAGUCAGGACCCAUCCGUCAUUUUUUUUGCUGCAAGCAGAUCUUUGAUCUUCUUUUACUGUUGAGCUGCAAAGUUUUCCAUGACACCAAACAGCUCAUUUCUUCCUGGUUCCUGGCUGAGUUAUUAUAAAGAUAAAAAAAUAAGGAUCAUAGUCACAUCGUAGGAAAAAAAAUCAGGAUUUUACUAACAGGAUGCUGUCAUCAGGCAAUUAAAAACUCUGAAGACAGUUUAGUUUAGUUGAGUUGAGUUGAGUUGAGUUUAGUAUAGUUUAGUAUAGUUUAUUGUAGUCUAGUGUAGUUUAGUUUAGUUUAGUUUAGCUUAGUUGAGUUUAGAUUAAUUUAGCUUAGUUGAGUUGAGUUGAGCUUAGUUUAGUUUACUUAAGUUUAGUCUAGUUUGGUUUAGUUUAGUUUAGCUUAGUUGAGUUAAGUUGAGUUGAGUUGAGUUGAGUUUAGUUCAGUUUCGAUCCCCAUUAUCUUUUGCAUAGCUGCACCUGUUCUUCCUGGGGUCCACUCAGUUUCAAUGGGACAAUACAUAAAUGCAAAUAUACAGAAACAUACAAACAUACAUAAACAAACACAGAGAUGUCUGUAACACGGUACAAUGAUUAACUACAACCACAUCGCACACAUUCACUCUUUAGCCAGAGUUCAGAGAGUUCAGAGAGUUCAGUGUCAGCCUUUUCAUUUCUCACCAAGAGUGACACACAGGACAAAUCAGAACUCUUAUAACACAGUUUAAGAAACUCUGAUUGUUUUGCAGUUUUGCUGUAAAUUUUGAGAAAACAACAAUAUGCUGCCAACUCUAAAAAGCACUGACAAAAUGUGUAGCAUAUAAAAGCAGUGAAGGUUUUAUGACCUCAAGGUCAUAAAACUUGUUUGUCUUACAUAAUCUUUUAUGAGACACUUAUCUUCUUCUGUAGGGAUCAGUGAUAUCACUAAAAGUAUUUUUAAGUGAGCUGGGAUAAUUGAUUUAUUCACCUCUUUUCUCUUUAAGUAACAAAUAACAUUUUAGACAUCCAACAUGAUGUCAAACCAAUCUCAUAAAACCAAUCUAUAAUCCCGUCACUCAUGACCAAGCUCUCUGGCUCCUUUUUAACAGAUUUUUACCGUUGGCUUCUGCUUUAGGAUCGUGUUUAUGUUCAGCUCUGUUUGCCAGUUUAGUAAUGAGUUAUUAAAACGAAGAUUUGGAGGCUCAGCGCGAGUAUAUCAUAUGAUGUCACCCAGUGGGAGAGCCCCCGCAAAGAAUGUGAACUUCUUGACUUCAGAAGAAACGACCACAGCUCAGCUCCUUCAGACCGAUAUAUUACCCCGAGACCACAUGUGCUCAUAAAGAGUGGAAGCAUUCGUCUUCUUGAAUGUCUACAUGCAAGAGUAAUCAUUCAAGCUUUGGAGACAGACCAAUACAGGAAAAUAAACACUUCCUGCUGUUGUAAUCAUAAAUAUUAUGACACAGCUAAAGCCAGACACCCUUUUGCUGUUAUACUUAAGGGGGGGUUUACAAUGUCACCCUGAACACGUCUGCUUUGUGUAACAGUGUUUACAGUCAUUUACUGUUUUGAUCCUGGAGGUACUAAUGCUGGUCUAUCUAUGAUCUCUGUUCCUGAAGCCUGAGUUUGGCCGUUACAGUUAAGGAGUCAUGGAGGAGGCUCUCAGGGGUGAUUGUGUACUCAUUAAGUGGACAAAAAGCAGACAAGAGAAAGAUAUUUCAUCUUUGGACUCAAUUCUUAUUUUCUUUUUUUGCUUGAUGACCUUGUUUGUUAAAUUUCUGCUGCUUCUACACUUUGCUAAAAUUGUAGACAUGGUUUCUAAGCAUUUCGAGCCCCCUCCCACUCCUAGAAUGGAAAUCAAGCUGGCGUAACAGUCCACAUACUUGGCUACUGUUCAGAAAAAGACACUUGAUUUAUAUAAAAAAAUACGGUUUCAACAAGAGCAGCUAUGUCUUUUAUUUUGGAGAAAAAUGUAUGGCCUUUUUCCUGCUGUCACAGCUCCGGUCUAUAGGAAUUUAAUUCAAAAAGGAUUACCUCUUUUUUAUUGUUGUCUUGUAUGGAAAUCUUUACACAGCCAGUGAAACUGAGAAGAGGGGCGACUUAAUUUAGCAGCAGAAUACUCUGUGGGGGCUCACAGGAGUAUUCACAGAAUGUGAAGCCCCCCUGAAGGCCAAGGCCAUCCUUCACUGUCCCGUACAGAGACUUGUCAUUAGAGCAGGGCUGUGAGUGAGUGCAAGGAGGACAAAAGCAGGUAGCAUAGAGAGACAAUUUACUACUGAGAGGUUUCUACCGUCUUUUGUUUACGGACAGAUUGAUGUCUUCAUCUCAUCCCUCUCAAAACAUCUGUUAAGCAAACAUGUCAACUCCCCCGCUGUCUCUCCACAUGUAGAUGAGUCCUGUGAGCUUGUAAAUGUAACGAGACCUUUAUAAUGGCCAGAAAUGCCCAAACAGCUUCCUUUUAUCGUCACGGUUACUAAACUGAAACAUGUUUAGCACACUUGGCUUCUUCUUUAGGGUGUACAGUGAUUCGCAGGAAGGUUAUAAUAGAGCUUUAAAGUGCUGAUGUAUUUGAAAUCCACAUGACUGACAUAUUUCCAUUCAUGCUGCUUUACCAGCAGACCCCAAACUCUUGUAAAGACAGACCCAAAUAUCUGAAGAGGGCUGUGCAUGGUAGUUGAGGUGGUUUUAGUUAAUUACAGGCGUUGGUACUAAGAAUAUCUCACAUGUUCAGGGCACAUGUUUGCCAGAGUGUGAUGUUUUUGAAUCCCCCUGCACAGCUGAGAUGAAUCAUGAACUGUGCGUUGUAAUUAAGUAGAUUCUUUACCUAAACUGCGGCUCGCACAAAGAGAACCACAUCCCAUUAAGACGUCAGCUGUGGAAAAAGUGUCAGGGAACAUGCCCGCUGCUCCUCUAUGACUACUUAGACACAGGAAAGGCUACUUAUUAAUGAAAUCCAGCAGAGGAGUACACCUUGUGGGCUGGUUUCUAAGCAGCAGCAAAGAUACAAACAGAUUCAAUGACAGACUCGCUGCUCUGUGGUUCAACAGCAUCUCCUCAUCAGAGAGGGAUUUGGACAUGGUUUAGACAGAGAGGUGAAGAUUAGAGAGAGUGUCAUCCUGUAGAAAGGAGUGGUUAAUUCCCUAUGAGACUCCGGAGUAUAGACAUCGAGACAAGUUGGAGGGUGAUGACUUUCUGUACAGUGGGACUAUUGUAGAGAAAUGGCGGCAUGACAUCAUUUGGAUUUUGGACUGUAAACAACUAUUCUUUGUUCAACACGGACUGAGUGGGAAAGUUUUCUAUGAGUUAUUAGGUCUCUAAAGUGAAGCAUUAGUUACUCCAAGCAUCAAUUAAUCAUACAGUAAAAGUAUGAGAAAUAAAAAAAAACAGAAGUGAAGCUCUUUCACAUUUUUCCCCCUAAUUAUCUUCUGACUCUUCAUCCUCUCUUCAUCCUCUUCUCUUUCUCAAUCUUGUGCAGGCUCACAGCGGUGCCAUCACAUCCAACAAUAACACAGCCCCUCUGUGUCCUCUUAUUCGCCGGGCGCAGUGCGGUUUUCCAGUUCACGUGUAGGCAUGUCAUUCAUACAGUGGGGCCUCCGUGUUUCAUGUUUUCCAUGAGCUGCUCGCGUCUCCCGUACAGCCCGGUUGUGGUUUAUAGCUGAAACGAUGAGGUUUUUAGUGCAUUGUCAGCCUGUAGGAGGCUGCCGCUCAGACUACAUGUGCAGAGUUGAGAGUUAUAACCUCAGACUCCUUAUCACUGCCAGAACAGGAUGAGCUCAUGUGAAUCAGCGGUGCUACAACUCUUAAGAUUUAAAUGUGGAAUGGAUGAUGCGUAUUGUGCAAUUAUGGGUUGCCAGACCCAAAUUUGAAUGUGAAAAAUGUUCGAUGUAUUUAGACUGUUCACACCAAACACGGCUGAGCUGAGUAAUUCAAACUGAACACUGAAACCAAUGAGGCGCAAAACUAGGUCAAGAUGUUUGGGACUCUGAGUCCCAUAUUGAAGACAAAAAGGGUCAUUUAGAGCACAGAUAGAGCCGUAUAAAAGGUUUUUUCCUGACAUCUUCGAUAAGACUUGGUCAUGUCUUUGGUCUGAGCGCCAACUGAAACCUUCCCUUUCCUACACUCUUGACUUGUCUUGUUGCUUUUAAAGUACCACUCCGAUUGUGUUUUUUUUUACUACUUAAAAUUAUCAGUGGUCUUUAAACUGUGAUUAUUAAGUUUUUACCAAAAAUCACAUUACCUGUGUCAUUUUCAAGGGCUUUUCUUCUGCAGAGCUCGAGUAGAUCAUUAGCAAUUCACAUCUGAGUCGUGGGCGGAGACAGCGCUGCUCUGCACACUUCUCCUUGAGUUAGCUUGCAGCCUGAUAUUGCCGGUGUAGUAGAAGAAACCGGUACCAUAGGAGCUAUUCAGCUCUCAGACACUAUUGUCUUUAGGGGUAUGGUGAAAGCUAAUAUCAUAAUUAGCUUUCUUACGAGCAUUUCAAUUCGCUAACGCAGACACUUGUUCCGUGAUCAUCCUCUCUGUUUCUCUGAGUCUGGCCUGCAUAGGGCUCUGGGGCGGAGCUUGGAUUGGUUACAUAGGAAAUCUCACUGUGUCUGAUUCUUCUGUUUGGGUCUGCCAGAAAUUCACAGUGAUUUAAAUGCAGAAAUACUCAAAAAUGCAAUUUUGCACUUCUUUUUCUCAUGAUAUGUCCUGUAGUAUCAGAAAAAUUUCAUGUGAACAUGUAGACAACAGGAAAAACAUGAUUUUCAUCAGAAUGAGUCUUUAAGAAAGUGGAAGAUGGCAGAGUGAGAUUUCAGGUCAAGGGCAGACAGAGGAUGAGGAUAUGUUUAUGUUCUGUUUAUGUUUAUCUGCAAGUGCGCCCUGAUUUGGAGGUGGUCUGGGAGUGUGAUGGUGAAAAUGUGCUAGUCCACAAUGAUACCCUUCAUAUCCAGGUCAACAAUGAGUCUCUAUUUGAUGCGGCGGCAUGAUUUCUGAUUUGCCCUUUUCAAUGUUUAUGUCAUUCCCAACAACAUCAAUUUAAAACCACCAAACUGGGUCUUAUGUUGAUACACUAGUGGUAAAAAAAAUGUGAUGUAAUCAGAGAUGGUAGCAAUUUAAACACCAAACAUACAGCUCUAUAUAGAGUGAAAAUAUCAACAUAUAUCUGUUACCUGCUCAGUGGAAAAAGGCGUCUACAUAUAUUGCUUCAAGCCUGACAUUGUCUCUGUGUUCUGUAAGUACUUCAGCGUUGUUAAAGCAGAGCGUGUGAACCUCUGUCUCUAAAUCAUCCUCACCUUUACUUAAACCUCCUGCCUUUGCCUUGAGGCAGAUAACCGCACACUUUCCAAAGGUCCAUAUAUCAUCCUUUUACUGAGUCCAUAGAUAAGACAACAAUGGUGGUGAUUUUAGUAUUUUUUCUUGGAGGGAAAUCCCAAAGAUUAAACUAAUUGCCUGCUGUUUGCUACACACACGCUCUGAGAAUGUCUUUUGUUUGCGUUGUUUUGUUCAGCCCCUCUUCUUCGUUGUCUCAGCUCAGUGUGUUCAUCCUUGGUUAUCCUGCAGGCCUCAGAAAGACUUCAGUAGUUAUGAUUAAAUGCCUUACAGGUGGCUUUUUCUAGACUUAAGGAAUCCAAACUUGGGUGCAUGCCUUUGUGGAUUGUUCAGUGAAAGUUUACACACGUACCUAUCCACCCCUGCUUUGUAAUUUGGGAGACCUGUCUUGGGAAUUGCCCCAAUUUUCUAAGCAUGUCAUUAUGAUGUUCGUCAGUCAUGUAUUUGUUCACGCAAGAGCGCCUGGACCGCCUCAAGAUAUCAGAACCAUUAUGUGAGCGUCUUUUUCCAAUGAUGCCAUGUUGAGGAUUCAAGUAUUCAGGUUUUAUGGCUGUGAUUAUUUCACUCUGAGGCUGUUUCGAGCUAUUACUCUUCCUCCAGUGACGUACAGAAUAGAGAUCACAGUAAUUCCUGGCAUGGUUUUGCAAUAAGCCCAGACAAAAGAGCUGUCACUGGAAUUCUGUGUCUGUGGAUUGAGGUCUGCUGCUGCUGAUGGAGUUAAUGGAAACAACAGUCCCUCCGUUGGAUGCCGUGUCACAUCUCAGUCCCUGGCGAACAGAGGCAGGAAGACGAGUGAAGUGAAGCUCAGCUGGGUUCAUGCUCAGGGUGAGCCAGCUGUGAACAGGGAGGAAAUGAGGUCAUUCCCAAUUUAGAGAGGGAGGGAUGUUUUUGGAGCUGCCACCGCAUAUGAUAUUAAUGAUGCAUUUCCUAAUACAAGUACUUGAAUAGGCUUAACAGGACAGUCCCUCUGAGAGGUAGCCACCUGGUUAAAGUAGUAACAGUCUUUUUGGUCUAUCUCUCUCUCUCGACAGCAUUUUGUUUUGGGAGGUCUGGGGGAGUUUUUCCCCUCCAGACUGCUGGGGAUUUCCUCUCCUUCCCUGGGGACAUCCUGUUAUCUGAGCUGUGACUCAGUGGAAAAAUCUCUUUUCAGUGACUGGCUGUUUUUUGUCCCUCUGAAGCUGGGGAUCUCUUUUAUUUAAAGACUGUAGUCCCAUUUUCUGAUAUCUAUUAUGGUUAGGGAAAACAACCAUCACAUUCAAAUGAGAUUCACAAAAGGUAGUCCAUAUAAGGUAAUCAUUCAGUCUAGUAACUUCAGUAACUGUGAGAUGACUCAGGUCUAUAUGAGUGGAAAGUGGAAGUCAUUAUGGCAGCUCAAACUCUAAAGACAUGACUUUUCAAAACUGCUUUAUGAAAAGGCUCAAAAGUUCAAAGUUCGUCUAAAUAUACAUUUUUUUUACAGGGGUAUCAGUGAUAUAAAUGAAUUUAAAGGUUUACUGUAAAUAGAAGAGAAAGAAAUUAGAUGUUUUGUUCACAGGUGAAUGAAUAACCAAUAGUGAUAUAUAUGUUAUAAUCUAAGGGCCCUUUAUAGAAAGGAAAAUGGAUUUUGUCUUCGGGACUCUAUAAUGUUGCAUCUCUAGAGUGACCUAGAAGAGACAGACCCUUGAUGAAAGUGUUUUCUACAGGUUUUCAGGGACCUUAGUUUCUAAAAUCUGUUUAUCUACAUAUAUCUAUCUAUAUAAUUAUAAAUAUAUACUCAUUCAUUCAUUUAAUUUACCAUUCUUACUAAACCUUUUCAUUAUUGUCACAGAAGUGUCUCCUUUGCAUUAUUUUCAUGGCCACCAGAGGGCUUUGUUCAUUCUAAAGUUAACAUAUUUUGUCAGAGGAGUCAUUUUGAUUUAGACUAAAAUAUAUUAAACUUUAUAAAGAAUUGAAAUAUAAACAGAAUUGGUCCUGAAGUUAUUACUUUGAAAAAAAACCAGCUUGGCCUUUUCUUUUUGAUAAUGCCUCUUUGUUGGCAGCCUCAAUACAAAGCUAGUUAUACUUAAAACCCUUAAACCUCUGAUAUAACUUUGUAGGAAUACAGCUGUUUGCUUGAUUAAAGUGGCCUCCGAACAUUGAUCUUGUAUUUUGUCUUUUAAGUAAAGAGUUGUGUAGUUUGAGUCAUUUGAAAGUUUGUCAAACAAGGAAAAAAAGUCCAUCUAUCCUGUAAACCUCUGCCAAUAUUUUCUAGCAGUGUUAUUAGCUUAUCAUUGUAAUAAAUCUGCAACAUGGUCAUAAUAACGUGAGCCCUGGGACUACUCUUGUUUUUCAGAUUGUGAAGGAGACCCCCCUCCUGUAAAAGGCAGGUGUUCAUGUCUGAGCUUAGCAUCUCCCUCUGUCAAACUCAAAGAGACGUUGUGUCUUUAUGAAAUUCCUGCACAGAGUAAUUAACAUGACUAUGAUGAGUAAAAGGGACAGAGAAGGAAGGAGACUGAUAGAAAUAUAGGCCAAUUCUGCCCAAGGGGCUGCUGUUUAACAGCAGGGUGGAGUGAACUCUGGCCUCUCUUUCUGGUGCACGAGCUUACAUGUCAGUUUGUGCUUUUCCCUCUCUCUCUAGAAAGACUCUUACUAAAGCUUGUCAUACAGAGUCACACCCUAAAUGUGUUUUCAAGCUGAGUUCAAUCAUGAUGCAAGAUGCUGUGACCUAUGAAGAUGUAAAUCAAAAUACUGUUUUACUGACACUACAGGGAUUUAGGGAUUCUCCACACACAUUUUACAGCCAACAUCAUUUUUUCGGCUGUUUGCACCUUGUUUGCUUUUCUCUUUUAUGGAAAACUCUGGUUUAUGAGUAAAUUUGUAUCCCCAAGUCUCCUGACUCAUACCUGGAAAUAUGUCCAAGUUCAGUAUCGCACAUUUUCCUUGCUUCAUGUACCUCUAAGUACCAUGAUCCAACAGAUGACUGUAUUAAAUAUAACAGGAGAAACAGAUCUUGAUAGUCUGGCGUUAAUCUGGAUCAGGCCUAAUGGGACACACCACGAGUUUGAGAAUAAACAGAGAUCAUUGAGACACAGGCUUUAUCUUAAAUACCCUGUCGAUAUAUGGUGAUUUGUUAUUAAACUACAGCCAUGUGGUGAUCCAAGUCUUGUUUUUGCAUGGCAGCUCAUCCUUAGGGGACAAUGUAUUUCUGGCAAUGAAGCAAUAUCCAUGACUUUUGAGUGGGUACACCAAGCAUCAUGAGAAAUGCUCAGUGCAAAACUGCAGUUCCUUAAGUGUCCACUUGGGACUGUCUCUAAAAGCCAAAGAAUCUCCAUUAUAAGUUAUCCACUUAAAGAUAUAAGGGCUACAAGUUUUGCACCAUUAAGCAUAAGUGAGGUGGGGCUGACUGGACUGGCAGGGGGGCGCAUGUUAGCUGCUUGACAGGCAGCUUAAGAUCCUCUUCCAGUCCUCUUUGGCAGUUUCUAGGUCGACUCGAAGUAAAGUCGAGUCAGCAUUUCCAACAAGGCGACUCCCUCGUUCAGCUUUAUAACUUCUCUUUACAAACCAACGGGUGAUUGCGCAGAGACUACAUCCAUAUUUUAUACAGAACUGGCUUAACACCAGACAUAACAGUACAAACUGUGGUUUUACACUCUGGAGAGUUUGGUUCUUGUUAUACACAUUGAAAUUUUCUUUUUUUUUCUCAAUGAGUUUAUUCCCUGUUACUUAAAUCAAGGUUCAGAUUCAGCUUUUUAUUUUGGUCUUCAGCCCACACCACUGACAGAACAGGGUGCUCACUGGCUUCUUUUAACCUGAUUUUGUUGUUAAGCUUUGAUAAUGCCAACCAGAUAAUCUGAAGCUUAGUUUACACAGUAAUUCACUUUGAGCCAAUCUCCGUUGGUAUUUCUCACUUUGUCUGUGCCAGAAAGUCAGGAUCAAGGUGUUUGUGAAACAAAGUCAGACGUUCAGGGGGGGUUUCUGUUGACCACAGUCUUCCAGCUACAGCCAGGAUUUUUCCGCAGAAGAGAAGCAGACUCCUUAUAAUGAACAGAUGUCUAAUUCCAGACCUCCUGUGUGUCCCUCUUUGCCAAACCACUUCCUCACAGUAGUUUAACAGGGCAGAGUCCAGACCUGAAACUCAGACUUUUCAGCCUCUCACCUACAGAUGAAGUCCUUCCAACAGAUGUCUCAAAAUACUCAGCGGGGUUGAACAGUCGCUGUGGUCCAGAGGCCUCCCUGUUUACUAUUUUAGGUGGCCGCGGGUAUUGUUUCCUGUCAGAGUCACAGCCCUGAAAAUAAGUUUUAAAGAGGAACAGACAGUAGGGCAGCCAGACUCUGAGUGUUCAAGAUUCUUGGAGGGGGAGAUCCUCUCAGCCUGCGUUGUAUUGUUUGGCAGAGAAAAACCAGCACUGUUUGUCUCUGUCUGCUUGUGUUUAUCGCUGAGAAGAUUUCGGUGAGACUUUUCAGGGGUGAUUAUGAGUUAACCAAGAGAGCGUCUGUGCCUUUUUUUAAGAGGCCACUGCUCAUUAUUGGUGUUUAAACUGCAUGCUCAAUUAGACAGGAGAAUCUGCUAGCUCUCAAUUCCACACAAGGGGACUGAAGAACACACGCAGAUGGACGUGCAGAGACACACAUUCAUGCAUCAGCACCAGACUUUUGCCUGAGGUGUUUGUAGGCCGGGCUGCACAUUUGUACGGGGGGAAGCCAAUGCAGGUGGAAGACAUCUAUAAGCAAUAACUCUACACUUGCAUCCUCCUUCCCACACACAAAUGCCCCGCUUUACUCUAAUCUAAACUGAUCUCGCCGUGACUCUUGUUUAACCUUGACAGGUAACCCCAGCACAUGUUUUUAUUUCCCAAGGUGGUGUUCUGAGGAAAGAGGCCAGUGUUCCAGCGUACACUGGAAAGUGUGUUUUUAUUUUAUUGCUCAUGACCCAGCAUGACCGCAGCAGAAACCAUUGCCAUGUGGGCUGCCCUGUCAUGCAGACAGAGGGAUGUUGAUAGUUAUCUCUGUCUCCAAGUGUUUCAGGAUGCCCGGUGUGGAAGCGUUAGCUGCUGUCAGUCAAUCACUCACAUUUUAAAGAUUAAAGAUAUCACCGGCUGGACUUUGGCCAGCACUUUUGGCUUUGGCUUUUAUGUACCGCCAAACCACACUGAUAGCUUUUGACUCCUACUCCAGCUGUUUCAAGGUGACAUUUUUGCGGUUCAAAACAAUGUUACGUCAUUGAGGGGAUGUGUUGUAGAGAGCAGUGUACAUUUGAGAGCGAGCGAAGAUCAAGACAGAAGGAAACAACAUGAGUAAGUUCCAAAAACUGUGAGUGCUUUUUGGUAUAGUGUUGUUAUGCAGUGUAAAAGGAAGGAAGUUCAGAACUGAAGUGUUUCCUUUACUGCAGUUGGAAAAGCUCUUUAAUUUUUCCUCUAUUAUUCUCUACUCUGUUUCAAGUCAAUACAGGCUCUGCCAAGCCAUGAUGGUUUCUAGAAUUACACUUCAUUGUGUCGUUUGGUCAUAAUUGUUUUAGCAGUACUGUUGAGGUCUAGUGUAAAAUGCAUGUAAAGAUGCAUGGAUUACAACCUCGAGCUGUGAGAGGCUAUUGUCAUUCAGGCUGAUUAGAAAGUGUAUCUCUGUGUUACUCCAAAUUAGGACUCCUAACAGUGUAUGCUCAUAUCAGAGGCCAGUCAGUUAACCACAUGCCUUAUUUAGUAAAAAAGUUUUCCUGAGAGAUGUUCAGGGAUGCUUAACUACAGGAUAUGAAGCCUCUCUCAGAGCCAUGGAGGAUAUUUAUAUCUUCUCCCACAGUGCUGUUCUUGAAAUAGUGGCCUCAGGUGCUUGAAUUAGUCUUGGUUGAGUUGUGUGACAGCAUUUCUUAAAGGGAAUUUCUGGCGUGAAAUUAAUUUAUCAUCAAUUAAUUUAGGAAGAAACACACCAUGACAUGGAAUUAGGCAACCCCUCGAGAGAUGAAUGUUGCAGACUGCUUGCUUCUUAAGUAACGAGCGCACGAUAAAUAAUGCUCAGAACAGCACCUAACUUCAUCAACAGUACAUAUGGGGUCCCAGUCACAGCACUAGCUACCAAACAUCUUUUUAACUUUGCUUAAUUUCUUCAGCAAAGAGUCUAAACACAACUCACCUUCUCUCUUCUAGCAGCCGCUUGUUUGUAGUGAGACCUUGGGCCAGUCCAUCAGUGACUGCUGCGGGGUGACGCAGCUCAAGUUAGAACAUUUAUGAUCAUUUCUUCAUGGACAUGCAGUCAGACCGAGACGCUAAGGCAGAAGAACUACUGUGUCUGCAGUGCAAAAUGAUCAAUAUGGUGAUUAUUACUUCAAGGAAAUGAUAAAGUAAUGAUCAUAAAUAUCAUAAAUAACAUCUGGUGGAGCUCCCUCCUCCUGUGUAUUGCUAUCCUGCAGAAAGUUGGUUUAACUAGAGAAGUAAGCGGUCGGCAACAUUCAUCCCUCAAGGGGGUGUCUAACUCGGUGUUACGGUGUCUUUGACCCUAAAUCAAUUUUACGCUGGAAUAUCCCUUUUAAGGAAACACUCAGCCUUAUUAAAUGGUGUCUUUGUGUUGUGUUGAAUUUACAGCCAACAAUAAAAACUACAAUUUGUCACAAUUUUGAAAGAACUUUCUGCCCCGGUUGUUUUUAUUAUGUUUUAUUACGCUGACAUUAUUCUUAGAAUUCAUGUUGUCUUCAGUCUUCUCCGACCUCACCAACAAAACUGCCACUUGUUGAGUCUACGCUGCAGAGCACACAGUACAAACAAGCUCCCCUCCCCAUAAACACACAUUAUCUGAUGCACGCACACAGACACACGGGGACACCCCACCAUUUAGUGUGUGGUCACGAAGGUUUUGCUGAAACAGGAAAUAAAAUCCAAACUAUGCUUCUCAGCGACAAGCAAAUAGUGUAAGAUUGUAAACAGGCUGGCAACAUCUGGUGGAGGCCCCUCCUCCUCCGUCCCCCACUCUCCUUUUUCCAACCUCAGUGUGGAGAACUCAGGUCUGGGUUUAGUUUCUGUGGCUUAUAAGGGCUCAGUUUCCUCUAAUGGGGCCCAAUCAUGGAGACACUACCUUAUACUUCUCCAUCAAUUUACCGUAGAAUAAGAACCAAAUGGAUGAACUUGGACUCAACUGGGGUUAAUUGGUUUCCAUUAGCCUGCACCAACAUUGCUAGAGGUCUCAGUGUGUUAAAGAGCGAAGGUACGUGAGGGUUUCCUCUGUAACAAAGAACAAUUGAGGGCAGGAGAAAAGUGGACGCAGAUUUUUGUAACGAAGGAUGGAAAUCUAUGCUUGAGCCAUAUAGAAAUCCCAGAGGGCAGAACCAACAGAGUUAAUUAUUGCCAGUUCCAAAUCUUUGAUUGUAGAAGAUCAGCAUGAGCUGAGUAUGAUUUUGUUUAAAGGGAUGAUUUUGACGGUGGUGUCCUCUUGUUCUGUGAUGUUAAAUGCUGUGUAAAGGAAACCACUGACUCUAAUGUUGUAGCGGUAAAGAUGAACCGAAAGCAUCAUUUAAAUUACAAACCAAUCCAACUCCUCCAUGUUUCACUCAUGUUAUACAAAACCACAGCCUUGAUUACACAGCGCAGUAAAGCAGUCACACACUGCCCUAUCAUCAGAGCCACACACAGACUGUUUUUCAUAAACGCAGCACUGCCUUUACCACUGUCACUACUUACACUUUUGGCCUGGUGAGGCUUUUGAUAACAUCUUUCUUAACAUCCAGAUUUCCAGAUGGUAACAUAAAACACAUCAAGUGUCAGGAGUACAGAAAAGUAAAAUCUUUGGCAGCCUUUUCCAGAGUGAAUAUCCAGACUUCUUAUCGAGUUCUGCCCAGAAAUAUGGUCCAAAGGUCACAUCCCUGAGCUUUGAAAUGCUUCCUAGUUGACUGCAGGGGGGCUAUUAUUGAGGGUCACUUCACUGAUGCUGGAAGAAACGUUUUAAACAUCAACAAUCAGGCUGAUCCCAAUCACCCACACUAACCCACAAUCAAGCAGCUGCUUUAUAACAGAGCAACAAGAAGUAGGGGUUGAAAGCAUGAACAGAAAAUGGGACACCUCCUUGGAAAGGGAAAUUAUAAAGUUCUGUUUGGCAUCUUGAUAUUGAUUUUCAUUUUAAUGUGUUCCUUUGCAUCUACUUCUAAAGACGCAAACCAACUCGAAGCACGAUUCACAGCAAGAAUUGGUUGAUUCCUCACAUGGAGUGUCUUAGCAUCAGUCAGUACUUUUACAUGACACUUGAGAAAACCAAAUUAUUGCCUUACUCUGAGUAAGACUGGACAACUUAUGUGCAUGUAAAAACCUUAGUCGGACUCCAAUCAGAGUUUGAGAACUCCGAUUAAGAUAACCCAGAUAAUGUGAUUGGAAUUCAAUUUUCUCUACCAUGUAACCGGCGUAGUCGGCGUAUGAUUGGACAAUGCAUGUGCACGUGCGCCACGCCCCCGUAACCCCGGAACAUCAUGUACAAUAAAAACAACGCUUUACGAUGCUCCAUCUUCUUGCUCAAAAAUGCCCAGCAGCAGUUGUAGCUAAUUCUACCGUCUGGCACGGACCUGCUGUUGUUGUUGUUGACAGUUGUAUGGAGUUGGAAACAGCGCCGCUGAAAAGACCCAUAUUGCCCCCUAGUUUUUGGGUGGAGGACACGUUCAUGUCAAUAAUUUAAUUUUCUCAGCUGCAUGUAUACACAGACAAGGAGAGAAGCCUGAUUUGGUGAAAAAAGGAAUUAUGAACUUAGUCCGAUCAAGCUGUGCAUGUAGAUGUAAACGCACUGAGUGUCUUUGGAUUUGCAGGUGGUUGGUCACAAUCCAAAGACUUGGGGUGAAAUUUCUACCUCAAGAUGGCGCUAGAGAGAAAAGUACAGGUUACACCCAAGUCACUUGGUUUUUCAAUUCAUCCUCAAGAUCAUGCAUGUCUGUACCAAGUUUCUUUUCGAUUGAUCCAGUCAUAGAGGUUUGUUUUGGACCAAAGUGAUAAACAACCAACAACAGCAUCGAUUAAUCACUAAACUGACACAUCAGAGUUUCUUUUGAACUGUAGUCGCCUGCAGCACCCUGUGUCUUGUCUGAACACCUCAGCUUCUCUGUCACUGCUUGAGAAUGUGAGGCAUGCUGGUUCCUGGGAAGUCUCACCACUAAGUCAUCUCCCUGGCACCCUCAUGACCCCCGACCCUGGUCCUGUCCAGCCGCUCACAACACGUCACAUCAAAGGGAAAAGCAGAGGGGGAGUCGCUGUCUGUGCAGAGGGCUUUGCUGUAGACAGGAAGGGCUGAACAGGCUCAGACACGCUUGCUUACAAACUCGAUUCCUUCCUUUUACACAACAUUUGUUUAUCCCGAGUCUGUAAAAACCCGGGGAAAUACCUUUUUUUAAAACGAGAGUUAACAAAGGAGAAGAUGAUCAUUCUGUUUUUGCUGUGGUGGAAAGCGUGCUCAUAGAUUAAACUGACAUAGACAUAUAAACACACAUGGAUUGAGUCCCUAAACCCUCAGAUCUUGAUGAAUCCUAAAAAAGGCCGGUAAUUAAUCAUUAUCAUGUGAUCUCUAUGUGUGUGCGUGUGUGUGUGUGUGUGUGCCCAGGAUGUGAGGAAGUUUAUUUUUUGCUAAAUUCCAGCCAGCAUGCUGUGUGUCAGGGAAGCUAGGUUUGUGUAAUGUGACAGCAGCCACAGGACCAUGUCAUGUUUACGAAGGGAGAACAAAUCACUUUUAAGGCCUUUGAAAAGGUUUGCCUUUACCACUCUGUGGGUGGUUCAUAAUUACAGCGUCAGUUCAGCUGAACAGAAGGUCAUAUUGUUGUAGAUGUACCAGUGCACUUUUGUUCCCUUUCAGUUCUGAGUCCACUGACCUCGACUUAAGUUGGACCAAAAUUGGAUUUCCUCUUAAUAUCAGUGUGAUUAAGAAGAAAUGUGGCUUGAGUAGAAGGUUUUUUAAAGUAGUGUUCCUUAUUGACAGCUGAAACACUUAAAUACUUGAUCUGGAUCUGAGAUUUUGGGUCUUGUCUAUUAUGAGGACACCUUUUAGAAACAUGUGUUUUAAGGUAUCUGUGCAAACCCAAAGUUCAGCAGUUCUAAAACUGAGAAACUAAAAUCUCUAAUCUUAAAUCUAACCCAUACCAAACUGCAAUAAGACCACUCUGAUUAAAGGUGGGGUAGGCAGGAUCUGAGGAAGUGCCAGUUUUUGGGAGAAAUCUUGAAUGUAAACACUACCCCUCCCAACCAGUUUUCCCCUCAGCUCCUCCUCUCCCCUCCCUCUCUGCUCCAGCAAACAGAUGCUCAUAUCGUUUCAAUUAAAUUCAGAUAUAAUGCAGAUAAAUACUUGAGAUAAUUGCAAAUGGGGCCCAGUGAAAGUAGAAAACAUUGGUGCUACUGUAGAUGCCAACAGACAACCAGCAAACACAGUGUUUGCAGGACUUCUACAGCUAGGAUAAAGUGACAUAGUCCACGACCUGAGGUGAACAGUUUAGCGGCGCUACAACACGCAGCAGGUCCCAUUUGACAAGAAACACUUCUGUUAAAGACACUUGAAUUACUUCAUUAAAGCAGUUCAUCUGUCCAGCAGAAAGGUUACAGGGUCCAUAAGAUCCUGAAGCGUCCCCCAUCGUUUAUGCUGAUGUUGACGCGGCUUCUUAGCUCUUGUCUGGCCUCCUCCGUUUUAAGCGCCCAUUAUUCCGCCAGAGUCACUAUUCCACCAGUAUUUACUUCAUUUAAUUGCUUGUGUUUUCUGUACUUUCUGGUUGGUUUCUACUGUGCGAUGUUGUAGCACACUAACUUUUUUGAGCUCAUUAACGUUAUUCGAGGACGUGGAGCGUGCCUCACAACCAGUCAGCACUAAGGAGCAGCUUCCACCUCACAACCCAGUCAGGUUGGGGGAGGCAGAGAAUAGUUUUGUUUACAGUCAGAAAGAGCAGACCGCUCAAAAAUUUUCAAAUGUUGACUACACAGACAUAACAAAACACAGUGAUAUCGUUAUAUUACCAAAUGUCCUCAAUAACUAUUAGCUGUUGACUGACAUUAAAAGCUUUUUUGUAUAUACACCACAAAAAAAGAUGCUUCUUUAAUGGAGCCCUGCCUACCCACCUUUAACAUCUGGGUCCAAGACAUAUUCAAAGCAAUGCAGACUAAGAUAGCAGUGAUAGUAUUUAACGGCUUUCCUUCCUUUUUAGGUCAUGAUCGUGCAUUCCAAGAAAAUUGUUGUUGACUCUAAAAUCAAUAAAUCUUGCAGAGUGCAGUUUGACCAAGAAGACUUCUAAAUUUAAGACAACAAGUCUCUUGCACACGUCUCCACAAAUUGGUCACAUGCAGUGGAUGAAUCUCUUUCCCAAAACUAUCAAUGUCACUAUGUUGGGCUGAGAGCUACACUGCUUCUUGGAAACUACACCUCACUGCACAUGAAGGAAGUGUUCAUGCAGGAGGACAGUUUAUUUUAAUCAGGGAAACUCCCCAAAACAGACUGGGUCUUAUAAUAUCAUAUCUGUGCACUGACUUUGGGAUUUUAUGGGAUUUAUUUGUCGAACAUUAAUAUCGUGAAGAUCCACAUUUUGGCCCCAAGCCGCCUAAUGGGAAUUGAUGCUUAAGCCUACAGAGAAAGAAAAAUGUACUUAAUGUAGAGCGGUGGAAAGUACACAUUUUAUAUAUAUUUUUUUAUUCUAUAUUUUGUGCAGUAAGUUUUCUUUCUCUUUACAUCUGUAUUCAGAUUUUCCUCUUCUCACUACAGGUGUCAUUAAUUAGCCUCUCUGCAGUAAAUAACUGAACCCGUGUCCUUGUGUGCGUUCGCUUUCAUAUAGAAGAGUUAUGGCCGCUCGUUCACACACCAGCCGGCAGACACGGCCUCUCGCACAUGCAAACAAACUCCCAAGUUUAGCUUUUCUCACUCACGCGUCCACACGCUCCUUCUUACAGCGAGUGUGUGUGGAAAUCCAGAUGAAAUGCAGCAGUACGUUGACCCCCUGACACUUCAGUGUGGCCGGGAUUUGUAACAGCACCCUGGAGGGAAGUGGUGGCGAGCUGAGAAAAUGUCUCAAAUGAGGGCUUGUCAGCUUUCUCUCCUCAGACACCUCCCCUGAAGAUUGAUGUGCUUUCUAUGUCAUCUUAUGUGUGCAGGGUGUACUCUGACUGUAAAAAUGCAUUUACUAUAAAUCUGAGUUAUUGUUACUGUCGCGGUAAGGGUCUGUGCCAAGUUCUCCCUGUGGGUGAAGAAAAACUGUGUGUUUCGGUGUGUGAUUGUGUAACUCUUCCUACAUUUCCCAUUUGUUUUUAAGUUUUCCAAUCACGUAAAGAAUUUAGUCUUUCUACUUUCUAUUGAUUCCAGCCUCUCAACACCAAACACUUUGUCCUUAUUCACAUUUUUUACAUCUUUUUAUGGCCUCACUAACUCUACUGCACAGUGAUUUAUUCUUCUUCAUAACUCAGAUUGCAUUUCCCCAUCGGCUUGAUGCAGAGUUUAAUGGUUUUGUUGUUUUUUUUCUCCUUUUUAUUGCAACAUCAAAACAUAGAAAUCCUCCCACUAUUGUCCCAGAUUUAUUAGGGCAUGAUUGAAGCCAAAUCAUGUAAAGCUGUUGCUUUCUCAUGUAAACAAACAACCUUUAUAGUCUCAGCUGGUGUAUGAUCUUUCUUCUUCUGGGAAAAAAUUAGCAGCAGGUGUCCUUCAUUUUCCUUUAAGAAGCUUAUUAAUAUUUUUUUUUAACUCAAAACUUCCUUUUGCCUCUUGCUGAGUGUUUACACGAACAACCUGUGUCUGUGUUUCUUGCCUCCUCUUUUCACCCUCAGGACAGUUUCGCACUUCUUCCCUUAUGUUCAACCCGGGAGAAAGCAACUCCUGGAUCAAGUUGCACCCUUCUCCAGCGGUGGUCUCUGCAGGGGGUCUAAAUUGCAUUUCGCUCCAGGGGAGGUAGCAGAAGAAUUCCACACCACCUUAUCUUCUCAGAAUUUGAGGUUUAUUUUACAGUGCAUGGGACCAUUCAUCAUUAAAAACACUUGAGCUGGCUUUGCAUGCCGCUCUGGAGGCUGAGAAAGGCUUCAUAUAUCAGAUGAGGGGUUGCUACUUAAGCCGCCAUGCCCUGCUGUGGAUCUGAGUAGCUUAGCCUCAGUUCACAUACCACCAGCAGCUUUAGCGGACUGAAGAUAUGCAUUCUUCUCCUCUUUAGGUAAUCCUUAAAUCAUGCAAGCUUGACUUACUCUCCUUACUUUUUCCUCGCCAUUUCUUGACCUCUGUACAACUGUCUUAAAUUCGCCAAGGGAGGUUUUCUUUUUCCAGGGCUCAGAGCGUAGCGGUGUGAUUGAUGGUGUUAUUUUGUGAUGAAACUUUGAACAGGUCGUCUUUGUCGUCGUUCGAUUUAGCCCCCAGGAAAAAGGUUACAUCACCAGAGAGAGGGGGAAGGCCAUGCUCGAGAUUUAAAGCAGGAAACACUUCUCCAGGGCGCUUGACGCUCUCAUACACUGACAUUGAGAGCUGUUUUUUAAAUAUUUAGUGAUUUGAUCGCUCUUAGAUGAUGUUUUUAUGCAAAAUACUUUUGUUUUUGUGGCUUAAGUUUCAUACAAGUGCACACGUUCAUGCAAAAACAACUGAUUUGUGUCAAAUUAAAAGGACUUGUGUUUUAUGGCUUCCUCUCUUUUCAAGUGUCAUUCAUGGACGAUCUUUCCAUCAUAAUUUCGGAGAACUUUUCAGCCCCCCAUUAUCCAAGCGUUCUGUGUGUGUUGUGUAACAUCCUUUGUCUUUUAAAAGUGGCUCAUUGCUACAACACCAGAUUGAUUUCAGCAUGAACAAAUAUACUUGAUAUUUCUCUGGGAUGUGAGGGGGGCCGGGCAGGGUGAGAACAGAGUGGGUUUAUGAAUGUGGGCUUUGUCUGCUGGGGCUAACACACACACACACACACACACACACACACACACACACACACACACACAGACCUAUACACUAUUCUCAUUAGCGUCCUCCCUUGUUUUGUGUGAAGAAUUAAACAUUUGUCUGUUUUAGGUUUAACACUUAAACAUCGCUUCAUGCUCAUCAUCAUCUCUUAAUUUUCCAGCCUGUCCUUUCCGACAGUAAUCUGCCCACGCUUAUGUGAGAGGGUGACCUCUGACCCCCGUCUCUGAGUGGCAUGCUUGUAAAUCUUUCCUGUAAAUGUGCUUCUUCUUGUAACACAGUCGUCUGAAGAGGGAAAUCCCCUAAUCUCUGGGGCUUUAUGGGGAAACAUCGUGAGAGGGCUGCAAAACUUCUGAAGUGGUUUGGUGUCAGGUGAUAUCCUCUGAGAUAGAGGAGACUGUGGGGCGUAAUAUGUUAAAGGGAUAGUUUGACAUUAUAUAAAAUACACUUGAUAUUAGGGCUGGGCGAUAUGGCCUCAAAUCAAUAUCACGAUAUAUUGAGCAGUUCACCUCGAUAACGAUAAAUGGACGAUAACUACUCCGAAAUGGGCAAAAUGACAUCUGUUAUUGUCAUAAAUUUCUGUAUCUGUAAAUUCUCAGUUAAUCGCCCAGCCCUACUUGCUGUGUAUGCUCAAGUAUUUAACUUUAAACAUGCUUCUCCAAACCUACAUGAGAUAACAUUUUCGGUCACAUUAUCACACACAUUUCUUUAGCUCUUGUAAGCAUUUCAAGCUGUAAUAAAUAUGUCUUACUAUAUUUGAAAUCAGCAUCAUCUUAAGUAAUACUCAAGAAGAACUGUUGACACCUGAUUGUUAAAGAAAACACAUUAUUUCACAAAAACUGCUAGCUUAUGUAAAUUUAUUUUUUUCUUUUUAAAUUUGAAAUUGAACUUUCUGUUGAACUUAGCACAAGCUCUGGAUACUGAUCUUGUUCUGGACAUGUUUAAGUGUUGUUUUGUAACGAAAGAGUCCCCCCUGCCACGUGAUAACAGUCAAAUAUAAUCUUUGGAAGGUUGUUUUGGAAGAGCACAUGAUGAUAGGCAUCAGAAACAACCAUCUGAGAGCAGCCAGUCUUGUACCUUAUGAGCUUGUUUGCUCGCCUGGGUCAUGUCAAGGCAAAACUGCACAUUUAGAACUAUUUCACAAAUAUUUAAUGCUGCUCACAGGAGCUUUUAGGACAUGAAUAGACCAAGAGGAUAUCAAAUAGGAGAACACAAAUGGACAGGAUGCCAUAUCUUUGUGCAGGUAAAAACAGUUUACCAUCACCUUCUAUUAUCAAAGAGGAUCAUCAGCAUCCUCAGUCAUAGCCCCAGUUUAAGAUGCAAAGAUUGGGCCCACCCUUACAUGAAACUACAGUCAGUGACCAUAGAUUGUAUAUACUAUGGAAAACUUGGCUCCGCCAUCCGUCAUAAAAAUUUGAAGCUGAAUUGCUCUCGGUAUUUUCGGGAUUGUCUCCACUUCCUGGAACCACCACUUGCACAGUAGCGUUGUGCACAUUCGGCGGGAGAGUCGCUGAGAGUCGCUGUGAUGACACUCGGCUCAAACAGUGUAUCCCCCGGGUGAGCUACGCAAUCUUCGUACGCCCAUAGGCUGUAUCAAGUGUCAAUCAUAGAAAACAUGAACCCCCUAAUAACUUUUAAAAAUGGAGCUGUAGAGAAAAAAAGAGGACUUUAGCACAAAUCAGUCUUACUGUAACUACAUGUCAACAUCUCAAGCAGGGGGGAGAAAAAAUUCUGUGUAAAAAAUUUCUAAAGUUUGUCCACAGCUCCAUAGGGAUUGCUAGAGGAGGUGGGAUUUAUGACCUAUACUGCAGCACGUCACCAGAGGGCGCUAUUCUUGAGGUGGCUUCACCCAGUGAGGAGGCAGACGCUGUCCAUUCUAUAAACAGUCUAUGACAGUGUUAGAUUAGCUCAGAUUAACAGAAGUGCUGGUUUCUACACCUGUAAUACACACAAUCCAGCACAAAGUAACAAGGCAGAGCAUAACUGUUAGACAGUUGUGUGUUGUUUUCUGUUUUAGACAGGAUCGUUUAUGUGAAUGGAAAGUGACAGAGAGUAAAAUCAGAGGAUUGUAGACUGAAAAUAAGAACGCUGGCUAAGGAGUUUUGUUUUUGGAAGGUCUUGAGAGAAAGAGUGUAUUUAUGAGCGUACGUGAGUGACUGUAUUUUGGGCAGGAGAGAACGUGAGAGAGUGGUUAGGAGGAGGGCAUGAGGGCGGCAGCAGAGGAGGAAGACAUUAGAGGUGAUUUUCCACCCUGUCUGCGCUACUUAAAACAUACACACCUUGUGUUUCUGAGGGUUUCCACACAAAGCUGGCCUUGUGUGUCCCAAAAGUGCCCAGGAAGCCAGAUCAGACAUGGGAAAGAGUGUGAUGGUUCACUAAGGAUACAGUAGCUACUGUGGUGUCGGAUGGCCUCACAGGAUAGCCCAGAGAAAAAAGAAAAAAAAAAAGGGUUGUGUAUUAAACUCCCACAAAGCUAAACCGGGCUGUCACAGGAGAUGGAAAGGAUAAAGGAAGCAGUCAUUUCCCUCAGCAACCAAAUGAUGAUGUCAGCCCAGGGGCAGACAAGACAGAUGUAGAAAAACCACCUCCAUUCAAGUUGUCUGAUCCAGAUUAGCUCAUAAUUGACAUGGACUGUGUUUUUACAGCUAAUGGAUUGAGAGUUUGUUCCAUAUUUGGGGUUCUCGAUGAGUUCAGGCCACUGUGGUCAAAUAUGUGCACUCACUUUUCCCCCAAACGAAAACCAGCAGCAACAAAACACACAGUCAAGGUUUUCUCCUCUGUGGAGGAGCAUUAACAUUCCUGUUCUUCUGUUUUCGUUAUUGUACGGCCUCCACGCUACAUAUACAACAUCCUCUGAUCACUUUGUAAUCCAUAUGGAGGUCAAAUGAGAACAAUAACUCAUUCAUUUUCCCAGAGUCAUUGCCUGUGUUUAAUUACAGACUUAGAAAACUCCCAGCUGUCAAAAACAUUUUGUUUGGCGCUCUAAUGUCCACCAUAAGAAACUUAUGAGAAACAGGAAGUAGCCAGAGGGGUUACUAGGCAUGGCACGGGCCCCUUUGAAAUCUAAUCAAUUACCUUUUUAGCCACCCAAAAAUUCUACAUAAUGAGUGGUUAUUAGCCUUGUCAGAGGUAGCACUUACGCUAAAAUCUGCUAUUUGGGCUGUGUUGUGAGUGGCUGUGAGUAGCUUUCUUUACUUUUAAAAUGCAGCGUAUUUCCUGUCAUCUGUGCUCUCAAACUUUGGACCUAGAUUUUCUUUUUGAGUCAAGUUGAGAAGAUUUAGAAGCUGCCAUCUUGAUGUGUUUUGUUUUCCAUAUAGAGAAUAAAGAAAGAUCCACAUGAAACAGCGAUACUGUUAUUCGAGUAAAAGAGGAAAGAGGGUAGGGAGUGACAUUGGUUAGAGAAAACCACAAGUCGGAAACAAACCCGGACUGAGGACUAAAGCUUCCAUACGUGGGAGGUGUUACUCAACCACCUGGUCUGACUGGCACCCCCCUGAGACAUUUCCUGCUUGACAUUUAGCUUACCUACGAACAACCAUUUUCCUCAUCUGUUUAUCUGUUCUCAGUGUUUUAAAACUUCACCAAACUCUGCCUUCAAGGUUAAGUUGUAAAGUACAGCAGGUUUAACAAGUGAAGGAUGGAGCAGAGGCUUUAGUGUCCUCUGUUUCUUCAGGUGAGGGUGAAAGAGUCUGUGUAGCAGGGGCAGCACUGAGGCUUUUUCAGGCAUUCCUUUGACAUGACCUUAUACGAGGAACACGCUCCGGCCCAGGGUGGAUCCAGGACAGGCAAAAAGGGGCCACUGUGCGGAGCUGUCAGCGGGAACGGGCGGAUGAGAGAAAGAGGGGGUGUUGUGAUGGAGGGAGUGAGGAAAAGAUGAAGGUGGACAGUUUUUACCCAUGACAUCACUGAGAGGAAAAGCUCCCCGCACGCUCAUUUAUUUUCCGCACCAUGUGCUUAAAGUGUUAACCCCUGUUGCGUGUAAUGUACACCUUGACUGGCUGGCUGCCUUCCUGGUUUACACGACAGAAAUAUGACUCACAGUCCAGAUCUUGUGUUAAAGUGUUUGAUUAGGCAGGAGAGCAAAAACAAACUAUGUCUGAUUCAUUUAGCCGAGAUUAUAAAGCGACUAAUUCACACCUUCAGCGUACAGUACGCACUUUAUGUGUGAAAACUAAGCAGCUUGUUGUCCUUGAAAGCUUCAGAGUUAAUGAGCAGAAAGGCCGAAGGGUGCAUGAUGGAGAGGUUAAUUUGUAGAGGCUGUAGUGUUUUCCUUUCCAAUUAGCUGAACACAUACAUCACAAGCACCCCUUGCUCCCGUGUGUGUUUGUGUUUGGACACGUGUGUGUGUGUGUGUGAUUAUCUGUUUCAUCCAUGCUGAGUCUGAAUCUUCAUUUUAUCUUACAGCAGUUAAUCUUAAAAGCAGGCAAAAGUUGUUUCCUAGAUUUCCAGGAAUUUCAGUCGUUCCUUGAAAUUUCGAUCCAAGUGCUCGCUGUGACCUCCUGAAAGGAUCCAGAGUAGAAGGAAACGGGGCGCUCGCCUCAUGGGGAGGUAAUCAACCAUUUAGACAAACUUUCCCAUCGAGUUUCCCAGGCAAGGCUUUGGUGCCAACACUGUCCUCAUUUUAACCGCUGCAGCUACAACUGACUAUAAACAUCUCUUUGAUAGAGUCACCGGGCAUCUGCAGCUUUCAUCGUAACUCAAAUAUCAUCCCGGUCCUGUUCCCAUUUGUUACUGAUUUACACCUAUUGUGAAAGAGUCCCACUUUGCUUUACAACCAGAUGCUCAGAGCUGAGUGCCAGCAUCUUUACAUACCAGAUGUUUUUUUUUUUCAGCUUGAAACUCGACAUAAAUUGACUGAAGUGCUGGAAACUAUAAAAAACUUUUUAUGUGCAAAUAGAAAGACUACUGUGUGUUUAAUCUCAGUGUUGGAUAGAGACGGAGAAGUACGCUCAACUUUGGAUACAGUAAAUAAUUCAAAUAAAUGUUUUUUUUUAAAGGUAGAAGUUGGUCAUUGUCUUUCCAAGCUUUAGUGGAGGGAUCGCCGAGUUAAAAGGGAUAUUCGGGCGCAAAAUUAAGUUAGGGUCAAACACACCGUAACACCGAGUUGAGAGACGAAUGUUGCUGACCGCUUGUUUCUACUAGUUAUAUCAACUUUAGUAAUGAUCACGCGAUAGCAAUACACAGCGGUCCCAGGAGCCACAUGCUCAACCAAAAAGCCACUCUAUAGCCACAAAUAAUGCUCAGAACAGCACCUAACUUCAUCAACAGUACAUAUAGGGUCCCAGCCAUAGUACUAGACACCAAACAUCUUUUUAACUUAGCCUGAUUUCUUUAGCAAAGAGGCCAAACACAACUCAUCCACUCUCUUCCAGCAGCCGAUUGUUUGUACAGAGACCUCAGACAAGUCCAUUACCGCAGCGGGGUGGCGCAGCUCAAGGAAGAACAUUUAUGAUCAUUACUUUAUCAUUUCCUUGAAGUAAUAAUCAUCAUAUUAAUCAUUUUGCACUGAAGACGCGGUAGUUCUUCAGUCUGAUUGCAUUUCCAUGAAGAAAUGAUCAUAAAUGUUCUUCCUUGAGCUGCUGAGUGUGGUCGUUACUAAAGUUGGUAUAACUAGAGAAGCAAGCAGUCAGCAACAAUAAUUGCUCAACAGGGUGUCUAACUCAGUUUUACGGUGUGUUUGACCCUAACUUAAUUUUAUGCAUGAAUGUCCCUUUGACACGUCACUCAUGUUUUUUUUAUUUUGCCUUUUUAAUGCCUCAUUUCAGCUUUUGUAAUAGAAGACGCUCUGGCCUUUAUUUUGAACAUAUUUUGUCUGUUAGAUUUUCCAUACUGUCUCUUUGUCUCUUUAUCUGGUUGUGUUACCUACAGAAAAUGUCCAGGGCCACUACUUGCUGAAGUUAAUCAAGGAGUAGAGAAAGGGAUACGGCUAAGUUUAUCAUGAGCAGAGGGGAAUCUUAUAAUCUUAUGUAUAGGGCUGCAUCCUGGACUGCAAAGAUUUUAUCUGCUGCGACCAUGUCUGUAUACCUGUAUGUAGUUACGGACACAAAGCACAAUGACAUCAACCAAGCAGUGAAAGCCAGAUAGCCACCUCUGCUUUGUAAAAUGAUAUUGUUGUUCAUAUUCUUUUUACAAAAUCUAAGAUUUGCAAUGUUUGGUAAAAGGAAAGAUGAAAACAAUACAACUCAGACCAGCUGUAGUCCUCCUCAGUUGUGCUUUAGACACAGAGGCUCCCAGAAAACUUGCAGCCAAGCAAAAAGCAACAGAGUCUAUCAAACCACAAACUACUUAAACUCAGUCAUCAUAAAGCUCACCAUAUGUUGUGCUCGAACAGCUGUAAUGUUUGAGUUUGUUAUGUCUAUCCUCAAACACAUCUGUGCUCAAAGUUUGGUGCUGGACCAGAGAAGAAUACUCAUGUGGUUUACUGCUUAGUCUGGGAGAUAAAUACCCUCUGCUUCAUGACACAAACAUUGGUUUAGAGACAGCAAAAUGUGAUGUUGGUUUGCUCAGAAAAGAUAACAGUGUUUAUCGAGGAGUAAAUAUUCUCAUUUAAACCCUUCAUGCAAAGGUAUAAGCAGUCUCAGACCUUCAGAGACACUUAAGAUGUUGAAGCCCUGCUUAGAUGAAUCUUUCUGUCCAUCGUUUCAGAAGUUCAUCAGCCGAAGCUCCUGGAAGUCAAAUAUAUUCUGUCUUCUUGGUGUCACGAAGGAGACGUGGCCUUUCUUAGGCCCAAAUAUCAUCCGGUUGUUUAUGCCUGAUGGUAUGUAAACUGUUCCAACAUUUCCUGCAGUAAUGUGACAGUUUCUCUGUUGGACAUUCCUCAACAUCUGUAUCAAAUCGACCUCUCUAAAAACACCAGACACCACUUUCUCUCCUUCGCUGGCCUAAAGCUAUUCCUAGCUCCGUGAGGAUGCUGUUAUCACACUUGCAGAUGUUUCAGCUGGAGUGUGUCCAAUCAAAAGGGGUGUGAGGCCAAACUGUCGUGUUGGUAGCCAGCGGUGAUUUAAUGCAACUUAAUAAGGAGGGUCAGUCAUGUUUUAGGAGGGUAAAUGGCUAUUUAACUGUAGCUGAGAGAGAUUUUGGGAAUCAUUAGCGCUUACCAAGACUUCAGACUGAAAAUGGCUUCUAAUCCAAGCUGGCAAGUCCAGUUUGAGUAAUAUUUCCCUUUGAAGAUUGUCAGUUUUAAAGCUUUUCAGUUGCGGUGACUUUUAAGUGAAGAUCUGUAUUUGCAGAGUGUUAGAUUUUAUAUUACUUGUUAUCACACUUUGCAUUCAUUUUAUGCAGCAAAUUUGAUCCAUCAUCGUAUGUUUCAGUCUCUCCUGGAAAACGUUUACAGUAGCUUUACAACUUGGUAGAUACUGUGGGUUCGAACAUCUGCUUGUUUAUUUUCAGUUUGAAAAUGAUGGAUGAACACUUUGGUUCUCUUUAGACUGGUGAAGAACUCUGUGACAUUGAAACCCUCCCUGAAUGUGAACCCUUCAGAUUUACUGCAUCUGUUCGUGUGCGCGGGGUUAACCUGAACACUAACCUCUGUCUUCUUCCUUACCUCUUGGGAACUGUAUAAACUCUUUGAAACACCUUGCCUCUGAAGUAUACAGGACUGCAGCUGCCAGGGUUGACCACUUGUUGUCAGCUCCUCUCUCAUUUUAUGGGUGGUACUUCUUCCCUGACAAGCCAUCUGUGUAACUGUCCCCGGGGGGUGUUUGUGCCAUUGCCAAUCAGGCGUUUUUCUUUUUUUUUUCCUUCCAUAACACCAUCUCUGCAUCUGUGGCGCCAACUCAAGCCUAUUUACAUACCUGGGAAUCAAGCAGGAGGCCCAGAGGCAUGCAAAUGUGUGUUUGCAUUGGCACUGCUGGGUGCCCACAUCAAGAGCUGGUCCCUGAAAGCAGCAGGGCGGUCCAGCAGCUCGAACACAGGUCGCUCUUUAAUGAGGGCGGCAGAGUGAGGGCUCACAUGAGUGCUAAUUAUUCACCUCCACAGGUGCUGCUUUGAAAUAUGUGUCCAAGGAGAACUGGGCUCGAGGGACAAGAUCUGCGGAGAUGUGAAUGUCUUAAAAAGAUUUGAUUUUAAAGGCAGAGGUUAGUGUUUGUAAAAUAUCAAAUAUCAGAAUUGACUGAUGGGUUUAAAGAUUCAAUAUUUCUGAGGUGUGCUGUCAGCUUAAUCUUUCAGCAAACAUUAAAAAUAUUUUUGCAUUCAUAGCAAAUCUGGGUUUGUUUAUGUAAUACAGCCAAAAUAAAUACCUCUGUCCGUUUUUUAAAUCUUAUAACCUCCCAACUAAAUAAUAUUCCUUAAAACGCUGUAAAUCACGGCGUGUGCUAGCUCCUGUUGGCUUGAAUAGUAAACCCCCGUAGUAAUAGACGGGAUAUGAAUUACUGUCUAUGUGUCCUUUUCCUCCUCUUUGCCUGACACUCCAUCUAGAUUUACUUCUGCUUGAAUGCUUCUUGGCUGAAAAAUUUUCCAUGACCACUACUCACUCCUCUAAAUAAACGCAAUGUCACUUGGAAGCCAUGACUGAUUUUGGCUGUGUUAUCCUGAGGGCCUGUUCUGGACUCUGUCUCUGACUCUUUGGGUUUUUUUUUUUUUUUGUCAGGACUCAAACUCCCAAGCUGACUGUUUCAGAGACCCACAGAGGUUUUAAGGUUUCUGGUGAAGUUAUUUAUUUAUACCACUGAAACAGGAGUCCUACCUGGAACAGUAAAUUUAGCACCCUCACUUUAACUGCAUUGGUAUAAAUUUGAGUUUCUUAUAUAUGAGCCCCCCGAUAGAGGAGGAAAAACUGGAGUCCCCCCGUGUCCAAGGCUUCCCCUGGAUUUUGCAUGUCCGCUCUUGGAGAAUAGGUCUGGCAGUGUCUCACCACAGCUGUGUUUGUGCUGGGAUGUUGUACUGGAGAAAUCCCCCCCUUCCUCUUGCUGACGCUUUAGCGUGAGCCCGGUUAUCCUCGGAGGACUAAAUGGGGGUGGGGGGUGAGGGGAGGAAGAGAGUCCAGGGCCCUUUUACUUCCUCCCUUCCUCCAUCUCUUCUGUGAUCUUCCUGUUUUGUCUCUGACUCUUGAAAAAAAAACGGGUCAGAUAAUUAUCAAACCCAGAGAUCCGAGUCGACAACACUCUCUCCAAGAGGGAUUUUAUCCUUGAAUUAUCUCGGCGCAACUUCUUCAAGAUUUCAGAGUGCAGCAGACACAGGGUAGAGCUGGACUGUGUGCUUGAGGUUGCACCAUCAGUUGGAGAAAAAGUCCAACCACAGAAACGCUUACACUGAUUUCAUCACUCAUUAAAAGCAGUCCAAGCUUGACUGUAUGCUCAAGUGUCGCAAUCCAGCUUUCAGCGCUCUUGGGUUUCCUUUGUGGGCAAACUAUUCCACUUCACUUUAGAAGUUGGCUGCAUAUACUUUUGGCCAUGUUUGGGGUAGAUUUAGUCGGUAUCUACCAUUCCCUGUUACAAGAGAGUCCCAAACAAGACAGAUCACAAAAAAAUCACCAAAGAUUAAACAGAUGAUGAGAAGAACACAUGUGGAUUGAUUAGUUAGAGGUGAACACCAAACCACUGAAGUCCACAAAUCAAUAAGACACUUAUCCAGGAUUGUCUGCUACAAGUACUUAAAGUGAUUUAAAAGGUGUUUUACCUUUGAGUUAAAAUAAAUGAAGCUUCCCCACAUCUUUUUUGUGCAUCCAUCUUUGACAGUGAUUUAUUUAUUUCUUUUUGGCAGGUAACUCCUGGCCGUGAUCCUCAAACUCAUUCUGCAGCCGUUAAGGGGCCAUAUAUAUAUUACUACUCACCUCCCCUCGCUCUAAUAGCUCUUUGGUUGGUCUGUCAAACUGUCUAAUCGGCUCCAGCCAGGUGAUCCGACGACCAGGAAUGCUUUCACCGCGAACUCACUCUCUGGCCUUUCAGGGGAAUCCAAGCACGUCCUUCUGGGCUUUUCUCUCCCGCUUCCUCUGCUGUCACAUUACAGAAAAACAAUUUAGUCUGACAGGGGGAGUCAUUCCUCAGAAAGCGGUGGGUUUAUUUGGAGGAAAAGAGUUUCUGCUUCUGCUAUUAGAGCAGCUCAGAAUGUAUUUUGUGAUGACUUUGUGGAAAUUGUUUCACCUCCCCCACAGAAAACACAGAGCUUUGUUUUCGUCUCUACGUGGGUUUGUGCUGAAAAGGUCAUUCAACUCUGGACAUCAUAUCUGCCAAAUCUUUGGAUGAAUAUGGGAAUUCCCAGGUUUUUUCUUACUUUGUGUAUUUAAGACUAAUCUCGCAAUGGAUAGCAGAGAAAAGUGAGACAAAUGAUCUGCUUUGGGUUUGCACCUGUUUGGAUCAUGUAGGAUUUAAACAAAUGCAACACAGUGAUCCUGUGACUGAGUGAAAGCAGCAGCAGCAGGAUACAUGAAAUACAUAUGCCAGAGAUUGAACUCUGUUUGCUGUAAUAUCAACCCUCACCUCUCUGUGUCUGCCCUUUAUUUCCUUCUCCUGUCAUCCUCUUUCUGUUUCCUCUUGAACUCCUCAUCUUGCUCUCCAACUUUUCACCCGCUUAAGUCACCCGUUAAAGACAACACACCUCUACUUUUCAUCCUCUUUAAGGUUCAGGCACCAAACUUGUUCAGGGUUAUUGUGUAAAAUGAUCGUGUUCCUGUGAGAAGCAGAAAUGCGACCCGUGUCGAGGCUUGAGUAUGAUACAAAUCUGAUCUGACAAGGACCAGGCAUGUCCUGAUGGUUGACUUCUCCCAGAAUGAUGCAUGCUUUUAGUGAUAAAAGCACACCUUAAAGCUACAAGAAGCUAGUUUGCACCAGACAUCUACGAUCUUUCCCCCUGAACAGAGCUCUGGGUUUCCCUUGAUAGCAGAUCCACAACAGUUGUGUAUUGUGUAAAGGCAGAGCGCAAAAGUUUGCACAUUUCCUUCAAUUAUCUUUCUUCGUGUUGCAUUUGUUUAACCUGUGAGUCCCACAUUUGCAUGUGAGGAAAAGGAAAUAUAUAAAAGAGUCUUGAAAGCAUGAUGAUGAUGACGAUGAAGAUGUCAAAGUGGACUGAAGUAGUGUUACAGUUACCUCGAAAGUCAGAGCUGGGUAUGACCCGAGUUGACGAUGUUCCAACUACAGGGCUGCCAAGUUUCAAAAAAUGACAAGAGUGAGACUUGAGUGUUAUGAUACGAGCUGUAGUCGGUGGCAAAAAAAAUUGGCCUUUUUUAAUGUUGGUUCAUGCGUUAAGACGGAUGUCCACACCUCCAUGCCAGCUGCUCUAUGCCAGCGCUAUGGUCUCCUAAUGCUAGUCUUGAUUAACCAGAAAUUAGAAAUGAGAAAUUUAAAUGUUGUUGUGUGUGAAAGAUAGUUAGAGACGCCAAGACCCGCCUUAUGUUGCUUCUGAUUGGUUUAUAUUGCGUGGUGCCUUCCGUGUUUGGUUAGAUCUCGGCACAAAGGACUGAUGGAUUGAUCUGGAAUUGGUUACCUUGGUCAGUCAAUCAGAGUUACUCAAACUAUGGCGAGCCAAGUUUGUUAUCAUGAAAAAAAUAAAUACAGACCAUCAUAGCACCGUGUUCACAGUAAGGCGUUGGGCAGGACAACAUAUACCACUAAUUUAAUUUCACUAAAACAGAAGUGCUAAUAAAUAACACAUUAUGAAAGCUUUCACUCUUUAUUGUUGAUGCACCGUGCUGCCAUCUUGGAUUAUGACGUUGUCGUCAAGAUGGGGUUGGUGAAGAUCAUCCAACUUUCCGAAAUCUGACUUCAGCCGUUCCAGAUAAAUUUCCAACUCGGAGCUAAGAAAUUCUGACCUCUGAGUACAACUCAUAUCUUGCAACUAAUGGGUUAACUGAAUGACCCAUAUGCAUGUAAAAAAGCAUUUCACACUGCUGCCCAGUAUGCGCUCUUCUCGACUUAGCUGAUACUUGGAAUAUAUGAACUUAUAAAGGCAAGAAUAAGUCAUCUUCACAUGGAGUCUGUAUAAUCUGCCAUCUUGGACGUCUUUCUGGUAUUGUCUUCUGUAUAAACUAGUUAAAAAGAAGCUGUAUCUGCAUAUUCUGUUGUUUGUUUUCCUAAAGUACUUUUUUAUGGUUAAGGUCAGAAUAAAAAAACAAUAUUAAGCAUAUGUGGAAUGAGUUUCCAUGCACAGCAUCAGUCCUGGCAUAUGAAGCAGCUAAACUCCAAAGGAUACAGCUUGUAAAAUUUGUGUUUUUUUUCUGUUUGGCUGAGAUUAUCAGUGAACAGCUGCCAGCUCUGAUACAUUACAGCUGCUGUUUUUCAGCCUUUUUGUUUUUCGGUCAUUCAUAGAGGACACGGUCUGCACUGUGUCAAAAUCACUCUCAAACAUUUGAACCCUUGGUGUCUUCCCUAUCGGCGUCUCUGCUUCUUUUCCACCAUGUUUAUAUGUUUGAUACAUUUCUCAAGAGGAGGAUGAGAUGCCUUUGCUUAUUAUUUUUUAUGAAUUACUUUAACAACCAUUGUGUUUAGAGGCUCAGAGUGCAGAAACCUUAUCCGUUAUAUUAGCUCUAUUAUGACAGCUCUCUUUAAUGACAGGAUGUGGCUGGAACAGCACGUCCUGUAAAUCUGCUUUUUUUCUGGUUUAAUGAACCAAACUCUAAAAAAACAUAAAUUAUUUAUAGUUUUGGAUUCCAAAGCCUUUUGCCGUGAAUCAGUUCUCCGAAGAGGCUUUCGUGCAUCCUCUUAUUCUGGUGAGUAGUCUGUUGUUCCUGUGAGCAGCUUCAGAAGAAAGUCUGCAGUUCGUGUCUGUCUUUCCUCCCCGUCUUAGGCAGUUAAACUCAUAAAACCUCUGAGUUUUCUAUUGACUUUUGUUUUGGGAGCAAAGCUGUCCAUAUGUUUCUGCUCAAGUUGAACAUAUUUAAUCCUUAAAUAUGCAAACGCACAUUCUUAGAUUGGAGUGACUACAGAAACAAAGAGUCAAAAAUCAUGUACACACCUGACAUGAGUAAGACCUUGCUCUGAUAAAGUGUUUCUUUUCCUUCUGUUUCUCUGUAGUUGAAGCAGCCUGACAAAGCAGCAGCGGCAGCUCACACUUAUUUCCAGGCCAACCCUGAACAUGUGGAGAUGGGUCAGAACCUGGAGCAGUACAAAGACCUGCAGGGAGUCAAGGAGGAGCACUUUGUGGACCGAGAAGCUCGGCCACACCAGGUCAGAAAAGGACAACUGACAUCUGAAGAUAACUUUGUUUUUCUUUUUUAUCUCCUCUGAAGCUUCAGCCUUUACAAGUUUCAUGUAACUACUGUCAGAUGUUAACUUUCUGCCAUCAAUAAUCAACUCAAGCUAACAUGUCAGACGCUUUUUUCCACUUUGCUUCUCCCCGUUAAGGAAAAAUAAAACCCUUUUCACUUUAUAAAGCCUCUUUUUUGCUAAUGGCCCUUGCAGUUUAAUGACUGGAAACUCAUUAAGGCUCUUUAGUCUCGGUUGCGGUUAAGCCCUGAAUGCCAACAAGCUUUGAAUCUUUUGUGCUCUGAUUAAUUUACAGUUUGUCAGCCAUUUAUAUUCUCCUCUAACCCAGUCCUGUCCCCUCUCUGCCUGCAUGCUUUUUCAUUUUCUUUGAGUUUAACUUAUACAAGACAAAACAUCCACAGAAACACAGAAAAGACAAUCACAGCACCUCAAUCUGUAACCAUCUGUCCCCUGUCUGACUAAUCUGACUGCUUAGUGACCAUAACUUAUUGCAUGUCAUGUCUUCUUUUACAUUUUUUCAUACAAAACUCUCUCUGGGACUCGUUCAUCUCAGAGCUGCAGAAGGAAACAUGAUGAGCACCAGAGGACUUAUAAAAUCUUUUAUAAACUGGCUUCUGAUUUACUGUUAUGUUUUUCUCAACUGUAAAAAUGAACAACAAAUAUUUGCUUCUGCAAGAACGUCAGAGAGAAAAUAUGUCUUUCAUAAACAGAUCAUAAAGAGAUUUCCUAGACAGCAAAGGUCAUAAAUACUCAUCCCAUCUUUCCUCACUCUCCCUUCACAGCGCUCCUUCACAGCAGCAGUAAGGCUGUACGAUAAAGGUGACUACAAAGGAGCCAUCGGUCUCUUCGAGGAGGCUUUGGAGGAGUACUAUAAAGCGGACGUGGAGUGUCGGGCCCUGUGUCAGUGGCCACAGAGGUUUGAAGGCCACGACCACCUCCGCUAUCGUUACAGCCUCCAUGAGCUCAUAUCAGGUAAGAGCUGCUAAAUGGAGAAACUAAAGUAAUGGAAGGUGUGUUGCAUCCUGUCUUUGUCCUAAAGGUAAAGAAGACAAUGAAAAUAUUACAGGGAUGUUAUGGAUGAACAAAAGGAAAGAAUAAAAUGACAUUCGUAGGGUGUUGAGCUGCUUCAGACUUUAGAAUCUGCUCUGUCUUUCGUCUGAGGAACUUUCAUGUUAUUUUCUUAAAUUUCUAAGAAAAAUGUUCAGACACAAAACCUUCUGACCUUCUGGUUUUAAAUAUUUUUAAGUCUGAUUUAAAUGUCAGGAAUUCAGAGAAAUACACAAACAGAAAGAAGAGGAUUGUUUGGCAUGGUGGUUAAAAUACAAACCAUACUGUUCUGACAAUGUCUUUGGUUUAUUCCCUCUGAGAAAUCCCCUCUACUUUGCUGCUUUUCAUGUAAUCUCUCUGUACUGCCCACCUUAAGAAAAGGUCAAAAACGCUGCCAGAAAAACCACUCAUUUAAACCUCUGCUUCAACUUAUUUUAUCAAUAUUUAUUUUCAUCAGUUGCCAAGCUUUUCCUGGAACUCCCCAUGUUGAAAAACUGUUUAAUGUGCCAAGUUUAUUGGCGUAAAAUUUGUCAGAGAUAAAAAGGUGUAAAUAAACGUCAGGCUGUAAACACUUCAGAGAGGAUUGAUGGGUAGGAGUUAGGAAAACACAGUUUAAUCUGUGGUGAAAACAAAUGCGUUCUGAAUACAAGCAAGGCACACAGACCCUGCACAGACUCAUGGGAGAUUUGGUCCCACAAACUUGCAUCAGUUUUUCAUUGUUGCAGAGCUUACCACAGCGCAGGCCUCCUUCACUGUCAACGAACUGGAAAAUUACAAACAGAAAACAAGAGGGCAUAAAUCAGUGCAUAUUUCAAAUAUUAGUCUGAUCAUGAGCUGUGUUUCUAAAGGCGAAUGGACUUGAUGUCACAUUACAGACCACAGAUGAUCACUCAGCUUUAUUAAUAACAUCGUUCAGAUCCUGUGAGCAAAGACUGAGACUCGACUAAAUCACUCACAGCUCAGAUGUGUCUGAUAUUGAUCUUUAGACCAGAUUUACAAAUUUAGUCAAUGAUUAAAUGUUCUCAGUCUUACAAGUCGGCAUGAUAACCUGUCAAUCAAAGAAAUAACUAAUAUUUCUACUAUUGUCUGUUACUCUGUAGGAGGGAGCAUGAAUAACAGAUGGCAUCUCACAGGGCGGUUUAGUUUGGCUGUAUUAUGAUCUUAGAAAAUAGAGAUCAAGUAUGUAUGCUGUCUCAGGUUAAACAGGCAUGUAACUGCUCAUCCAGAGUGAUGUACAUCCUGCACAGGUGUGUGGAUGUUAACCUGAACUAAUUCACCAAUAUAACCUGCAGUUUCUUUCUUUUAAACCUGUGAGUUAAAGUCAAAAAGUAAAUUCUUGAAGAAACCAGCAGGAGAUAAGUCCUUUGACUUCCUUAAGUGUUCAUCUUCAUCAGGGGAGAUUUUUAGCCUCGGCUGGCAAAGUAACUAUAGAUCAACCUGAAGCCCUACUCACUCACUACAACACUAUCACUCUAUCUUUUUAUUUAUGUAUUUGUCUUUCUCAUUUUUAUCACCUGGCUUUUUUCUUUCACUCAAAUGCUGCAACUUUAUUUUUCAUAUUUUUGCUGAUUAUAUGUUGGGUGUCACUGGUCCUGUUGUGUGCUCUCAGUUUGUGGUCCAUUUAAUUUUUUGGUGAAUCCAAAUACUAAAUUUUUUUUUAACAUAAAACCAAAUAAUUCAGACACUCAUUUUCUCUCUUUUUUUUUUUUUAUUUUGUUAUGUCAGUGGGGAUCAACCUUCAGUUUAGUUCUCUUUGCCAUGUGGUUUGCACUUUUUCAGUGUCACUUAACUGGCAGCAAUAUAGAGGGUCAUGCAUCAUGUCAAUCACUAUUGAUUUUCAUUAUUUAGGCAAGGUUAAUAAAUACACACCAGCUUUGAAUUUUCCUUUACCAGUCUGUGUUCCGGUUCACUUCAGUCAACAUCAUGUUGUCCUCAAUAAUCUGAAGGUCCUUCAUUGUGUCUCUGAAACGAAUCAGGCAUCUGACUAUGUUUGUUGUAGCAUUUGCAUCAAAUUUAGAAGCCUCAGCUUAAUUUCAACCAAGUGUGUGCUGUCUCCGAACUGUACAGUGAAAUGUAAAGGUUUUUAUGAAUAUGAAAGGGAGAGCUAAUGAGUUUUGUCUGGGCUUUGUUGUACUUAUAAUCAGGAAUUAUUAUACACAGUACCACUAUGUGAAAGGAUUCUGUGUAUUUAUUUUAGGAUGUACGAUUUAAAUCUGCUCUGUAACUUUAAUUCAAGAGAAAGGAUGUUUAAGUACUUCCUCAUGUAGCAGCCUCAUAUUCAGAGGAAAAUAUGUUGCUUUAUAGCAUUCAAACUCCGGCCUAAAACACUUCCAUACCCGCUCCUCUGAGACCCUUUAAAGCCCAAAACAGACCUCAACUCUGCUCUGAGAGCAAGGAAAGUACUGCUACAGCUGUCUGAGAGUGACCCCCCCGUACAGCCACACUCUCACAACACACACACACACACACACACAACCACAUGCUUGUACGCUGUCAUCUUCUCGGCUGGAUCAACAUGAGUAAGUGAUACGUAGUACCGCUGUAAAACCAGGAUCAACAAACAUGAGGGAUCAUCAUCACCCAAGGAAAGACAAAAACACAAAAACAGAACAAAGAUUAUUUGACUGACUUCACAGCCACUAAGGAAAACCUGAUGAUGGACUCUUUUAUUUUAUUUGAAGAGUCUCAUGCAGUCCAAGAACUUUUUAUUUCCCAGAAACAGAGAAUGGUCCACAGGGAACAAAAACACACUAAUACACUUUAAGAGCAAAAUUCAUCAUCUGUUUCAUGCACACCACUUACCAUUGCUGCAUGAGACCAGGUUUUACUCUCAUAUGAGGAUCUUUAAUGUGGACAGGUACAACUAUAGACUGUAUACCAGUCUAUAGUUGUACCAAAGGAAAUUAGUCUCAGAAUUUUAGUCUCUCAGGCUGAAUAUCUGCUGAUACUGAUUUCUAUUUCUCACCUCUGAUGCUCUCAAGUGGUUGAUCAUUUUCUUCCAAAUCAAUACUUUACAUUUCCAAAGGACCACAUGAGGGCUUAUGCCUGAGUCAGCAGGCCAGGCAGUGUAAUCCCAUAACAAUCUGUAACUAUAGCUGCUCAGUCUUUGUAUUAAUACUGGUAGAGAAAUAAUCCAGUGUGAGGAUUCAUCAUCAUUUAUGAAAAAACAUGGUCAAUCAUUUCUCAUUCAUGAAAAGACAUUUGAUUACAAAAUGAAUGUUUUUUGUUUAUAUUCCUUCUUUUUUCAUUGGUGCCGCCAUGACAUCAGUUAAAAAAUCUCAUUUAACACAUUAGGUGUGUUUUUUAAUUGAAAUCGCUCACAUUAGGUUGAAUAUUCGAGGUUUUUAAUAUACAGUACGUGGCAUUUAGAUGUUUGAAUUGCCUAGCUUUCUUCUUUCUUACUGAAUUUGCUGAAGUCCUGGAUAGUGUCUGGAUUGUAAAAAUUGAACGCUGGGUAAAUAAAUGUUUAUUACAGUUUUCACACAUUGUCCACAUUCAUUAAAUCUCCAUCACUUAAACAAAAACCAAUAUUCAGGGUAUGCAAGAUGAGUAGCCAAAUGCACCAUAUCAGAGGUUGCUUUCUCCGUCUUGUAUCUGUUGAACUGACCUGAAACCCUCUUGUUACAGAUCACUUCACUCAGGUGUUGCACUGUGAACACGAGUGUGUUCGAGACCUUGCCACUCGGCCAGGUCGUCUCUCACCGAUGGAGAACUACCUUCCUCUGCACUAUGACUACCUGCAGUUCGCCUACUACCGGGGUGAGUUUUUGAAAGGCUUCAUGUUAUAUAUUUAAAAAAAAACAGACCUGAAGUUGUUAUGAGAUUUUAAAGACGAACUCUACCUGAGUGUUUUUGAUGUGUUCAUGAACAAAGACGAUGAACACACCUAGAGGUCAUCUGUCCAAACACACACACAGACGUGCACAUACAAGACCUCCAUACAGAGCAGCAGACAGGUCGAGUCAAAGAUGACCGCACCCUGAGUUUGUGCAACCUUCACAUGGGUGUUUCCAGUCUGCUGCUCCAAGGUGUGUUUGCUUCUAUGAGCGACUGUUUGUAUGAGAGAGAGAGAACAAUAAAUCGAUGUCCUGGAGUCUUGCUGGUAACUUUAUGAAAAGCUAUUCCAGACAAGUUUGUUGGCACAGGUAGAAAGAGUAUCGGUAAAAGGCCGGGCUGUGGGGUUGUGAGAUCACCAGAUUACACUUAAUGAUCCACAAACAUGUGGAUCUAAUAAAACAAAGUGGAUCAUUUGGUUCUGAGUAGAUUAGUGAGUGAGCUUUGAUUUGUAAAAAAGGCCGCCGAUGGGUGUGUAUUUACUUUGGUGUUUUAUAUGUGUGUGUUUGUGUGAGUCAGUGGAAGCUUAGUAAGCUUUUAAUAACACCUUAGGUUUUAAAGUAUCAGAAUUAGGUGGAUUCGUGUCUUCAAUUUUGAUCAUAUCAAUCCCCUUUCCUUGACAACAGCAUCUGAAAAUUCAGUGUAUGCUUUUGUCUCAUAGUCUUCAUAAAUUUCCUACAUAGUAACACAAACACACACAUGCACACUGCAGUAUCAGACUCUGGCCAAUGGACUUCACUCAGGAGCCUCUCACUGUGCUCCACCUGCCUAUGUUUACCAAAUAAAUCCUCCGAGACGUGUUUCUGUCUGACAGAGCAGGAGUCUCAAACUCUCAGUGACCUGGAAGUUCACAGCUGACGGCAGCAGCGACACUGCCCACUACCUCAGCUUCAGCCAAGGCAGGAAGGAAGUUUUUGGUUAACCCUGAGCUUUUACAAGCUGGUACAGAAUGUGUUGGAGGGAUGUAGAGCAGAAGGUGUGGACGUGAGUGUGAAUACCUGUGAGAGUGUGUCAUGUGUAGAGUGUGUGAAGACGGUACUGGAUGAUCCUGCUGUUGUGAGUUAUCAUAGACAUACAAUAUGUGUGUGUGUGUGUUUGUGUGUAUGUGUGUGACUUUUCCACAAUGUCAACCACAUCACAACUUUUGCUGUAUUAUAUUAGCUAUGCCUUAGAAAUUUGACCGUGACAGAAUCAUUACACUCUCUCUCUCUCUCUCUCUCUCUCUCUCUCUCUCUCUCUCUUUCUCUCUCUUUCUCUCUCUUUCUCUCUCUCGGAUGUAUUAACACACACAGUGGUCAUAUAAUACUGUAGAUACAGUUGCCUAGCAGCUCUGUAGAAAACAGCAGAAAGCCAAAGCAGAUCAUCUGCACCUGACAAAAUCUGUGGGUGUGCAGUUGUGUGUGUACGUGUGUUCCUCUUAAAGGUGCUCUGUGCAGUUCUCUUGCGAUCAAAUAAAAGUUCUGUUUACUCCCAGCUAGGACUCUUUGUUUGCAUACUUAGGUCAGUGUAUUAAAAUGGCUUUUUCUGUCUUUCUGUCCGUUUCUCUGCAGUGGGCUGGCUGGAGGAGGCACUCGAGUGCGCUUUGACCUACCUGUUGUUCCACGAGGAAGAAGAGUUUGUCUCCGAAAAUGUGGAUUACUACAAAGAGGAAGUGGGACAUGACGGCAAACCAAGAGAGGUCAGCGUUUUAUUUUGAUGUACUUGGCAAUGGUUCAGAUACAAUUGAAAGCAGGAUAAAUGUCAUUAGGUGGAUUUAUUUUCACUGUAACUGUUUUUUUUUAUAUAUAUAGAAAAACAUCUGUACUGAAAAUGAAAGGAUUAACAGUAGCAAGGAAAGAAAAACCAGAGUAAGAUGAGGGUUUAAAAAAGUGGCCAGAUCUUAAAAUAUUUAAACAAUCUGCAGAUGUUUGGUGAAAAGAUGGAAGGGAGCGCAAAGAGACAGCUUGUUCCUUUUUUAAAAAAAGGAACAGUUCAUGUUUGUUGUUAUUUUAUUGUGUAUCUGUCAAUAAAAACUAUAUCAACCACAGCAGAUGGGGUCAUCCCUACCACACAAUUUAGAUUAUUUUAACCAACUCCAAUCUGAGUACCUUAUACAACUGUAUAUCAGGGACAUAAAACUAUCCUUUAAGGCACAGUCAAGUUUUUAGUUCAGUGAGGAACUUUCAAUUUGUGGCAAUUUUGGCGCCCCCCUUUGGACAAAGCAGUCUUUGUUUAACUUGUCCUCAACAUACUUUCGUAGCGUUGUCUGACAGAAAUACUCGCCUUGCCGAUUCUUAACAGACAAAUAUAUUAUUUAUGUUUUAUGAGGAAAUUGUAAAAACACACCUGUCUCUUGGGUUGCCCUACUGACACCUACUCCCUUGCACUUGUUUCAAACAUUAAGAAUUACAAUGUGAGAGUCAACAAUCAUAUUUCUUGUGAUUUUGUUUGCUUUUGAGUAUCAUAAAAAAGCAUCCAAAUAACUUUCAGUCCAUUUCAUAGAUGUCAAAAAACACCUUACAGGGUUCUCCUUUAAAAGUCAGGGUUUUUAGAUCAUUUAAAUCUUGAAAGGACUCAUUGUAGUGCUUUGAAGGUCAUAACUUGUAAUAUUAGCAGGAAAUUGAGUGGAACAGCGUUACAAUAAUACGAGCCAAAGUGAGGAGGGGAACUAUUUCAGCAGAGGUGGGGAAUGGUAUAAGUGUGCAGGGAGCAUUUAUUUAAGGGGAAAAGAGGAGUCAGCAGGCUGCUAGCUGUGUUUCUUGGAUGAACUUGUUCCUUCCAGCUUGGCAGCAAUAAAAUUUACUUUUCACUUGUAUAUGUUUUCCAUCCAGCUGGAAGAAUUAAACCAAUUUCGCUUUGUCAACGUGUUUAUGACUAAAUACUUCUUGCUCUGGGCUUGCUUAUUUCCUCGUGUCCACAAGAUCCGGACUAAACUGAAAGGUUGAAUGUUUGUAUGCUUGAGAAGAUUAAAACGGUGAGAUCUAGCUUCUUCUCGGCCACUUCGACAGAGAAUUUGUCCUUCUUAACCUCCAAUCAGCUCCUUCUUAAAGUCAAGCAGUGCCUUGUUUAAAGUCCCAACCACACAACCACUUUUUCCUAGAAAGCCUGGUGCUCAUUAGGGCAGCAAGGCUCCCACCAGGACUGUGAAUGUGUGAGUGUUCAUGUGUGGAUGUGUGUGAUAAAGAGAGGCUGUAGCUGACGCACUAGAGCUCACGCUCAUGUUUUUCUACUCAUAGCUUACAUUUUUCUUGCCCUCAAGUCUUUCCAGUCCCGUCAGUCAUUGGCCAUCAGAUGGCCUCUCAGCGUCUUCUCCUCCCUUCAGCCUCGGGGAGCUCAUUUACAGAGAGUUAGAUCUCAGUGCCAGUCUCGCCUGUCUCCAUGCCAAAGAAUCUGGCCUUUCAGGAACUGUAAAGGAGGAGGAAAAGUCAUGUCAGGGUGCCCAGCGAAGUCGCUGGAACAAUUUGGGGGCUGUUUGCAUUAAGGGUACUAGAAAAGAGGACUUUUCCUUUUUGUAACCCCCUCAAGAAAAACACUACUGGAUGCUCAAGUUUCAUAAUACUGUUCAAGAUGGCCUUGCUCCCCUCCUCAUCCUCACCCUGUCUCUCCAUCAUGUAUGUAGCCUUAGAGCACAUCUUAACAUCUUGAUCUUUGGGUGACAUUGUUGGGCAAGAGAAGCAGCAUUUCUCUACACUUCCUCCAAACCCCUCUGGAUCUACUGCUCAGGGGGGAAAUAGUUCUGGAUUUAGCUGUUGUUUACUUAACAACUUAAAGGCUAAUGAUUGAAAUAAGAGCUUUUCAAGUCCUUGUGCUGGAAAGUUAAUGAACCUGAAAAUAAAUUGUUUAUACUGUUAAUAAGUAUCUCAAAUGGGUAUUAGGGGUCUUCUGGGAUAGUGUGAAUAAAUUUGGCAUGUUUGUUGUCGAUAUCCAUUGUAAGAUUUCUGUGUCAAACUGGCUUCCAAGUUUUGCACACUUUCCUGACGCUGUAGAAUCAAAGAAGGUGAUAGGAACUGGUAAUAAUGUUUGUAUAAGUGUAUCUGAGUAAUUUUAUGUUAAGAAAAUACAGAACGUAUAAGCAGUUUUUGUACCAUCAAGGUCUAUGUUUGAUGUAAAACUAAUGUUCAGUGUUUUCAGGAUUCCUAGGUGGAAAAAACUGAACAUUGACUUUGUUGAUGUUGUUGCUGCUGCACUUUCCAGUUCAACUUUUGAAACACUGCUGUGCUCACAAAUGUCACUACUCCAUCAGCUGCUGAUAAAAAUCAAGAGGAGGGGAGACUUUUUUUCACCUUUAUCAAAAACAAUAACAGAGAUCCAUGCAGAGGAGAAACUAACCACACUUGUUUUUUCAAGAGGACAAUACUUGGGUUCAGAGUGGCCAUUAAUGCCACUACACAGUCUCAUCAUUUUUUAACAUUAUAAAACAUGUAUAUAAUAGAACAGACUAGUCAGUCACUUCUUUUGGAUGUGAAAGUGCUAUGAAGCAUUGUUUAUUCUAUGUGUAUAAAGUAUGGAUGGAGAAGUAUCAAACCACCUGUCAUUAAUACUUUCUUUAACUCGAUUAAUACAAGUUAAUGGAAACACACUUUAUUCCACAACUGAUGCAAAGCGAGAAGUAGCGCUCUUUCUUUCUUGAAUAUUUCAGGUUUAAUAAACACCUAGUUUUGCUUCCUUUUAUAUUAUGCCUCCAGACAGGACACAGAAGUAGAGCGGUUUCUCUGAGAGAGCACAAAGAAAGAGGCCAUCGCACUCCAUUAAAGCUUGCACUGAGGCGAGAAGAGCAGAGGGAGGGGAAACUCUGGUUAACUUUGUUUUUGGGACAAGAGGGUCAGAGUCCUGCAGAGGUGUUGUAGUGAGCUUUAAAGUGUGAAAGAUCAAUAUGACACGAUAGAUAGUCAGUAUACACUGAAACCUAGGCUCCAUAUGAAAAGGUUAAAAAAAUUCCUUCAGAGGGGGGAUUUAGGACAAUCCUAAAGCAUACGUGUGCAUUAAUACUGAAACUAUUUAUGUGUUUGUGUUUGCAGAGAGCUGCGCGGUACUUAAGGAGACACAAACAGGAACUAGAACUCCUCCUGAUCGGCAGUAAAACCAUGGGUGUGGACUUCACUGAAGGGGUGAGUGAACAGAUCACUACAUCUUUCCAAAGCUUCAUCGUUUUUCAUGUGCAACCAUAAACUCGAAGCAGAUUGAAAGUAUUAAUAUACCCACCAGUGGCCUUAAAUCCUCAAAGGAAAGACUAUGUACUUUAAUUGGCACUUAUUUAUGAGCCAGUCCAUGUGUUUUCGAUCUUCUGCUGGGUGUGUGUGUGUGUGUGUGUGUGUGUGUGUGUGUGUGUGUGUGUGUGUGUGUGUGUGUGUGUGUGUGUGUGUGUGUGUGUGUGAAUCAUUCCUGUGCCCCUGCUGCUGCUGCUGACUCAAGCAGGGUAACAGGUGUCUGGCACAGCCGCUAGCACUCUGCUGCAUCCUCAGCCGACAGCGACACCUGCUGGUUAAACACAUGGCACAUUUAAAGUGUCAGGGUAAAAACUGAUUAUUAAUUUUUGUCUUUCUUACAGAAUUACUGGAGCAGUACAGGGGGCAGAGAUGACUCAAACAGGUAAAAGAGCCUUGCACUGAACAAAACUGAAAGUAUUUUUGUAAGACUUAAAGCCCCACUUUGCUGCUUCUUUUAUAAAGCUAGAGAUUUUGCAUAUUUUUGCUCAUAUCUAGUAAGAUUUAGAUCCAUCAGGUGGCCAGUAACACAACUUAAAAUCAUUAAAAUGCUGUGAGUGUUCAAAGCUGGUUUCCUGUUGCCAUGGGGAGAACAAUAAAUUAAAAUAUUGUAGUUUUGAAGUAAUAAUAAGACUCCUAAUGACCAGCUUUUCUCCGUCCUUUCAGGAUUCCCUCUGGAACUGAUGGCUGGAUGGAGUAUGUUCCUAUUUCAGAGAAGAAAAACAUCACUGUUGCUGCUCAACAGCAGCUUAAAGAAGGUAAACCCUAACUGCAGCCAGAGAUCAAGCAGGCUGAGAGUUAUUUUACUCCUAAAAGUCUUGACGGCUUUGAGGUUAAAUCUUGAGAUAACUUGCCGCAUACUUAAAGUAGCGCUUCUCUGUGAUCUGCGUAGGAGGCCCCUUAGUGUACGACAACGUGCAGCUGGUGCAGAACUCUGCAGCCUUGAACGGGACCCAGCGGGUGCUGCUGGAUCAUGUCAUAUCUGAGGAGGAGUGUUCAGACCUCAGACACUUGGCACAUGUAAGGACAUUACACAACUUAAUAAAAUAAGGAUUUUCACUGGAACUGUCAGACCAGAUCGUAAAUCUUAUCGUGUAGGUUUACUCUUGGCUCAAGGUUUUAAAACACUGUACGAAUGAAAGCUUCUCUCUCCCGGUGAUGGCUGUUUGCUAAGUGUUUACGCACUUGAGGUUUAAUUUCAAAUCUUUCAGGCGGUUACCAUGGCAGGAGAUGGUUACAGAGGAAGGAUGUCUCCACACACUCCAAAUGAGAAGUUUGAGGGGGCCACUGUACUCAAAACCCUGCAGGUACACCCACCAAUCAUCAAAACUGCAUUUUCUGAAAAGUUCUGACCAACACUUCAAAACUUAAAUUUUCUGAGCAGGUCAGAUGAGACAGUCUGUGAAAAAGCCCACAAUUCAACAAACAUCCUCUAACAGUCUCUCUCUCUUGAUCGUUGUCUGUCCUGCAGUAUGGCUACGAGGGCAGAGUACCAAUGAGAAGCGCUCGUCUGUUCUAUGAUAUCAGUGAGCGAGCCAGACGGAUCACUGAGUCGUACUUUCAGCUCAACUCCACCCUGCACUUCUCCUACACACACCUGGUGUGCCGGACAGCCAUCACAGGUCACUCACACACACACAGAACCGAAACCAAAACUCAAACACUGUCAUUUCUGUUGUGGUCAUUAUUGCAUAAAAACGUCAGAGAAGCAGCAUAGAUCCUGAUUGGUUAAAAUUCAGUAUUUGCAUUUUAAGAGUCAAAGCAGCUGCAGAACUGAAACUUCAGAUCUAUGAAGUUAUCCUGAUGGUUUACCCGCCUUGAUCAUUUUAAAGAAUUGUUGUAAAUGAUCAAAUAAGAAAAUACUUGAAGGGGCUGUUUUGGCAUCUUUUUACGUUUUUGUGCAUUGUUUGUCCAUCUACAGGUCAGCAGGAUCACAGGAACGACCUGAGCCAUCCCAUCCACGCUGACAACUGUCUGCUGGACCCAGAGGCCAACGAGUGCUGGAAAGAACCCCCAGCAUACACAUACAGAGACUACAGGUGUGAAGCUACGGCCACUACCGGAAAACUCACUUGCAUAUCAUUUAAUCACUGUCACAUUUUUACUGUUCUCUGCUUUACUGUUUUUAUUAACAGUGCACUGCUUUAUCUGAAUGGAGAUUUUGAAGGAGGGGAGUUCAUUUUCACAGAAAUGGAUGCCAAAACAGUCACGGUAACUUAAUUCUACUGCACCUAUGGCAUGUUUGGCUUAAGAGACUUAUCCCUACAGGGAAAAGCCACAAUGUGUUUGUUAGUGUGUGAAAUGCUUGGUAUUCUGGCAACGUUAAAUCACACAUUUUGACCCAUAUUUUUGGCUUUUCCUGAUUGCAAAAAAAGUACCUUUAAAAAAAGUUAUUUUAAUCUCAGACAUGUGAUGGAUAUUUUAGCGCCACCUCUUAGCCCACUCUUUCUCUGUUUUCCCCUUCAGGCAUCAGUAAAGCCCAGGUGUGGCAGGAUGGUGGGUUUCUCCUCAGGAGGGGAGAAUCCACAUGGUGUGAAGGCCGUCACAAGUGGGCAGAGGUGUGCUGUCGCUCUCUGGUUCACACUGGACCCUCUCUUCAGAGAACUGGUAAACAGAUUUCAAACAUACCUAUCAAAUGAGAAUGUUGUUGAGUUUUGUUUUGUGAUCAAUAUUUUCUCAUACUGUAGUUAUUGAACUAUUUUUCAUCCAGUAUAACAAAAACCCACAUUUUUCAUUUCUCAUAUGUUGUAAAUUCUUCAGUCUUCCCUCAACCUUGAGAUAUACAAAGUCAUCUUCACUGUUUCUUUUGCCAACCAGCUGGAAAAAAGCUUUUUCUGGCAGGUCUGAGUAUUCUCCUGUGAUGACGUAACAACAAGAGUGAUUUACAAAGGCGUGCAUGCAAAACCUCUGGCACCCCUCAAGCAAUUCAGCUAUCUCCUCCUUUGCUAUUGUGAUUUUGCUUUAGUGUUGCUGCCUAAGGAUAUCAAAGGUUAGAGUCAGACAACCAAACCAGAUCCCAAGUAUCUAGUUUGUGCUCCAGCAGUUUUUUUAAUUGUCAACAAUAACCUACUGGCUGCAGUGAGUGCUAGUUUGCUUGUUUUUGUGAACCAAUUCACUGCAAAGAGUUUCAAGAUACUCAAAAAAGGCAAAAAUGUGUCAAUACCACCCAAAUUUUAAUACACCAUUCAGAGACAUGCUGUUAUAACCCCGGCUAUGAACACUUAAAUAGUUGCCUCCUCUUGUUCGCGGUCAGAAUCUGGAUCUGAAGUGUAAUAAAGCCACUACCGUUAUGACUCAUUUGGUGCGUGGAUGACGAAGGUUACAAAGGCUGCAGAUCCACAGAGGCUGAGUUGGACUUGGUGCAACUGAACUCAAAACCUUGCUUGAAAGAUAAUUUGGUAUUGGGGCUAAAAGGUAUUUAACUGUGCUUGUAGUUUUAUGGUCACAGUAUUGGUCAGUGCAUGGACCACUUUGGUCUGGACUAAAAUACAGAUUCAUGGUUGAGUAAAAUCCAGGUGUCUAAACUCCAAUGGGAAGAAUUUGCUCUGACAAAUGCAUAUUAGUUUAUGAUGCAACACAGGGAAUAAUGGACCUCACUGUUAUCUCAUUUUUUCCUCUCAUUCCCACUAGGAGAGACUACAGGCGGAUGAGGUGAUUCAGGCUUUGGACACACAGGCAAUUUGGGGUCAAGGCCUCAAUAUCAACCCUAAAGAUGAGCUAUAGAAACAGAAAAACACCCCACCCCUGUUCCUCCCAUUAAGCCCUUUAUAUUUUUUGACAGUCUUGAAUUUAGCUUUGGAUCAGAACAUUUCUAUUUUUGUACUGUUUGAAGUGCAAGGUUAAUAAUAUUGUCACAUCUUUUGUUGUCAGUUUGUUUGCUGUUGUUUAUUGUCUCAUGUUCAGCACUGGAGGUGACAUGAUGCUUCUUUGUCUUUCCCUUCAGAUACAGGUCAUAGUAAAAAAAAAAAAAAAAGAGAUGUCUAAUUCACUUAGUGUAGAUGUAUUUGUUGAGACUGUUUUUCUGUAAGACUGCUCAUAUCUGUAAUCUCACUGAACUGUGAAGACGCCAAAGAGAAGAACCGUGGCUGAAAACUUUCUUUUCCUGCUCUGAACAACAUUUUCAACCGGUCUUAACCAAAAUAUACGGAUAUUGAAAAGUAGAUUAGUUCCAGUAGUUGUUACUGCUUCAUCAGAAAAUGGUACCUUUACUACUCUGUUAUUUCAUUUCCUAAAACAUUUCAUUAUUUAAGUCUGUUUUAUAACUGAGUGCCAGUAAUAAUUCUAUUUAAUAUAGACAGUGCACUGUUUUUCUAAUCUGGGUAUUAUUAUUGUUAAACACUCAUUCAAAGACAUUUUUAAAAGGAGAUGUUCUAAUAUGCUGAAUAUUUAAUGAUCAUGCACUCUGUUUUUCUCUAUGUGACAGUCUGAAACUGUCUUUUUGUCCACUCUCCCUUGUUGUUGGUGUUUUUGUUGAUGUGAUGAAUUGUACUAGAGAACAAUACUAGUUUAACUGUUCGCUGACAUGAAAACAUGGCAUAUGUAUUUUUAUUUUUUGUUUUAAAUAAUAGACAGCUGCUGUUGUAACUGUCUGCAUAAGUCAAAGGAGCUUUUAUUCAUAAAAGGUAUCAAUCGUUCCUGUUUAAAGGAAUACCUAUUUGUUUGGUAUUGUAUGUCUUUAUAUUUGUGUUGAUGAUACAGGUGAUAGGUUAAGUCGUGCACUGUAAAUUCAAUUUAAAGAUAUAUUCAGAAUAGCUUUGUUGUUGUCUGAGAUUCAAUCUGCUAACCAGAAACAUAGUCCUGUUGUUUUAAAAGGUUGGCCACUUUUGUUUCACUGAUAUUUAAUUCUAAAAUGCUGUAGCACAAGAACGUGUAUUUGUACAUGCCUAUUAAAUUAAAAAUAUUUUCCAUAUCUUUAUUUACUCAUGUAUUUCUGCUUUAUUUUUUCAUCACAUAUUGUUUAAGAUAAGAUAAAGAAAGAUUUAUUCCUGUUCUAAUCAAAAUGAAUACAAAUACAAAAACCCCGUC